GCCAAUGCAGGGCUGACACUAAAUUUAGAAGAUUGUUAAGGGGUCUGUGUAACUCCUCUCUCAGCCCGACUGCCUGACAAAGCACCUAAAUAGCAAGUCAACGACUUCAUUCCAGGUAUCUGAACUUUAUUUAAUGCUUUUUGAUUGCUAAAUCUAAUUGGUGUGAAUAAGCUGGUUUUGGUGGCAACAAAAGGAUGGAGUUGCUUGUUUGAGUGGCUUUAAUUAAUGUUUCUAGCUUGCUCUAUUUAAAUAACGUUAGGUUAGAAUGUGACAUCCCAGGACAGCUGUCUGCAAGUCUCACAAGCUGGAUAGACUGUUAGACAUGUAACUACAGACGGUGUUCUCCCAGGCUCAGUAACUGAAUGUGUGUAAGGUUUAACUAUUGGAAGCCACAAACCAUGUAAAUGAAUAAAGUAUAAUAUUUUUGUAGAAUAAACUCAGAAAUUAUUUAAUAAACUGUAAAAAGACAAAAGAAAAUUAGGGCAACGCUUUCAGGUACAAAAUGCACAAACAUUGCUAACAGUGUUUAUUAGAAAGCCAAAAUAAUAAAAAACACCGUUAGCACUGUUUGUGCAUUUUGUAUCUGAUAGUGCCGGCCUCAUUUUUACUUCUGAGUUUAUUCUACAAAAAUAUUAUGUCUUUUUGGUACUGCCAGAACCAUUCUUAACAUUACAACAUUAUAUGGUCAAUAGUGAUCUUUGAAGGUACAAUAUAGUUAAUUCAACAAUUGUGGCCUGAAUAUUGUUUUACUCUUAAAAUAACAAUCUGCUCUCUGAAAACUCCCCAAUCGCUAUUUGUAAGUGUUAAGGCGUGUAUUUGCUAAAUACCAAAUUUGAGUGAAGUUAAAAUUGAAUUGUGAAAUCGUUACAAACUUAUUCCAAAUUAGUAACUUCUUUUCAGUUGUUGCAUUUGUUUUUUAACUGAACUAGAAUUUGCGGAUAGUAAAUGAUAGAAUUCUUUAAAACAGUCUUGGAUUUAGUGAGCGUACAUGUACAUGUCUUGGGCCUCAGCGCAUGACCCUAGCAAAUAAAAGCCCUCCGUCAUCUAACUAUUUGGCUGAAACCCAAUCGACAGAGGAUCAUGUUUAAUAUAUUACACAGAGCUGUAUGAAUUGCAAAAUUUAAAAUUAGAUUGGUACAAGGACACAACAUUUUAAAUUUUCUGAAGUAUAACUAGAAGAAUAGUGAGUAUUAGAGUAUUAACUUGGAGAGAAGGACGUGUAUGGCUAAAGUCAUCAAUGAGUAGUAGAUGCACAGAGUAGUCCACCAGCAGAGGUGGCAGGGAAUAGAACUAUGAAAGUGUUCAAGAAGCCUUGGGAUUGGUGUUUUAUUAAUAAAUCACUGUGUUGUAGGUGGGAAAUGUACAAAUUAUAAGGGCGAAAUGUAUCUGUCUUUAAAGGCAGGUCUUUAUGUUUCUAUUAUGAGAGCUUCACACUGCUUAGUAAAUAUGUCUUCUUUUUAGUUAAAUGGCUUUCUGGGAUAAAGGCUUAAUACAUAGACACAAAGAACUACGGUAUUCAAAAUGUGACACGUGGAAACUGCAAUGUAUCACAUGUUUAAUAGAUCAUUUUGCCACAUAUAUGUUAUAUGAUCGCUUCGCUCACAGCCCCCACACGGUGUUAUCUAUCUGUAUUGGAGGGUCCUAAAUUAAUCAAACAUAUAAAUGAGAGACCUGUUUAUUUGAACUAUUUUCCUGUAUAUUUCACUUUAUGGAUUCAUUACACUAGAGGACGAGAGGGAGCAGUGCCCCGGGUUUGGAAUUUAAUAACAAUAUGGUAAAACAAUCAUAAUGUGUCAUAAUGUGAUACAGUGACGUACCUACCACAGUCGCAAGGGUCGCAGCUGCGACCAGGCCCAUCACUUCAGGGGGCCCGGCUGCAGUUGUGAAUUCUGCAACCGUGGGCCAGUCGUACAGCCCCUUACAAGCACACAGACCUGGUUAGGGAGAUCUUUUGAUCUCCUUCCCGGGCCUUUGCAGAGUUUGCGCAGCAGGAAGGGAAGGAGGCUCUCUGCCUUCACCUCUGCGCUGAGUUCUGGCUUUCUGAGCAUUGCCGUGGUUCCAUUCCACGCCGGGAAGAGCCUUCACCCACCAGAAGUGAAGGCAGAGAGCCUCUGCAGCACCACCGGACCACUAGGCAAUAUGCUGCCCCCUUCCUGGAUGCUGGUAGGACGGGGGGGGGGGGGAUAUAUUAAAUAUUUUUUUUAAAUUACAUUAGAAAAUAAAUAUAUAUUUUUUUUAAAAGCUCCCUUUUUAGCACCCACAGCCCCUAUCCUACCCAGCAAACAUGCUUUCACACACCCAACCCCACCCACACACACACACACACCCAGGGAUGGAGAGAAUGACACACAUGGAGGGGUUGGGACAGAGGGAAUGACACGCAUGGGGGGCCUGGGACUGAGGAAAUGACAAACAUGGGGGAAAUUAGAUGCAUGGAGGGGCUGGGGGUGGAUACAUGGAGAUGCUUUGAGGGGCUGGGAGGAUGGGGGGCAAAAAAGUGGUAUGAGCAGUGGCGUAUACACAACCCAUGGGGCCCCGGUGCGAAAACUGAUCCGUGGGCCCCUCCCCCGUGCACUUACUCUGCACGGGCUGGGGCUGCAACACAUGGCGGCGGGCACCUGGUCGCAGGGCUGCGGCGCCUGCGACCGUGUUAUGUACGCCAGUGCAUGCAGAUACACAUACACUUAAAGGACCACUACAGACACCCAGAUCACAUCAGCUCAAUGAAGUGGUCUGGGUGCCAGGUCCCUCUAGUUUUAACCCUGCAGCUGAAAACAUAGCAGUUUCAGAGAAAAUGCUAUGUUUCACUGAGGGUUAAUCCAGCCUCUAGUGGCUGUCUCAUUGACAGCCGCUAGAGGAGCUUCCGCAAUUCUCACUGUGAAAAUCACAGUGAGAAGUGAGAAGAGGCUGAACAUCCAUAGGAAAGCAUUAAGUAAUGCUUUCCUAUGGGCGGUUUGAAUGCGCUCGCGGCUCUUGCCACGCAUGCGCAUUCGGAGCUGAGAGGCGGAUCGGGCAGAGAGAUCCCCAGCGCCAAGGGAGUCCAGCGCUGGAGAAAGGUAAGUGCUUAAGACACACACACACACAAAAACUCUCACGAACAGACGCAUACACACUAGCUAACAGACACACACACUCAGUGACAGACAUACAUACACACUCACUGACAGACAGACACACACUCACUCACAAAACACACACUCACUAACAGAUGCACACAAACUAACACACUCAGUAACAGACACACAGUAACACACUCACUGACACACUCUAACACUAACACACACACACUAGCACACACACUAACACUAACACACAUAAAAACACACACACUAACACACACACUCUAACACUAACACACACACACACUUUUGUUUUGAAAAAAUCCCUACCUUUGGGAGAGCUUAGGGGAUUCCCUGGGGUCCAGUGGUGUCACCCGGUGGGCAGGCUGGCGGGCGCACGAGGGAGCGCUGUCCCUGGCUGAGUGCUUCCUGCUCAGCUCCCUUACGCGCCACGUACUGAUGCCGGAGGCACCGGCAUCAGUACGCGGUGCGCGAGGGAGCUGAAGAGGGAGCACACAGGGGAGAGUGCUCCCUCGCACGCCCACCAGCCUGCCCGCCGGGUGAUACCAGGACCAGCCUCGGGGGGCCCUGAGGUGGCCGGCUCCUGGGCUCCCCAGGAGAAGAAGCUGGCCACAGUGGGUACAUACCGGGUCGCAGGGCGGCUGGGCCCCCUGGUGGGCCGGGCCCGGUCGCAGCCGCGACCCCUGCAACUCCGGUAUGUACCCACUGGAUAUGAGACACAUGGAGGGGCUGGGGGAGGAUAAAUAGAGAUGCAUGGAGGGGCUGGGAGCAUGAGAUGCAUGGGGGGCGGCAAAGAGGGGGUAUGAGACACAUGGAGGGGCUGGGGGUGGAUUCAACGCUUGGAUGCACCCAGGGCAAUUUUCGCAUCGAGGCCCAGUCAUUUCUAGUUACGCCUCUGAUGUGAUACUAAGAAUCAUGUGAGAAUCAGGGAACUGGAAACUCAAUGUAAGCCACUGCUUCACCCCACAGGUCCCCAGAUAUACAUAGUCAGGGAAUGGUAAAGACCUGAAUAAUAUAUUAAUAACUUUAUUCCUAUUUUAGAGUAACACACCAUGUUGUGGUUAUGGUGCUAGGUACCCCAAUGCACCAUCCAGUAAUAAACUGUUAGACUCGUAGCUGGCACAGUAAUUCAUAUUUAUAAUUAUGAUACCAGUUCAUACCAGGGUUAGAGAAUAUUCAUUGGUUGGGAGCUGUCAGUGGGUACUUUAUUCUUUCAGUCAAAUGAGUCGAGUUCUGCCCAUGGACACAGGGAGGCAAUCUUAUACCAUCCCCUAAAUGUCCAGUCAAAGCAGCAGAGAGUAUAGAAGUGAUCUGUGACAUCACAUGGGGUUUAAAUAACGAUUUAUGAAAUCUUAUAGGCACUAGCUUCCCACAUGGUUGUUUUGGUAAAUAGCUCUACCUGUGUCUUGGCAAUUCUGCCCCUCGACAUACAAGCACAAACAGAGAGUAGCUAUUCGUUAGGGUCUGGUUUUAUUAUAUCCAUUUAAUGCCUUUUCACACAGUUUAAAUUAGUCUCUCACCUAUUCUAAGUUCAUAUCAUUGUCUCUCCCUUUCUCAUCUGAGUCUAUAAGCACAAAUCCUAAAUAAUGGGAAGAAUUGAUCAAAUUAGUUCAAAUUGGCAGCGUCCAGGACCCCGGGAAUGUGUGAUAAUGACAGACAUUUGUUAUAAUUUAGAUAAAACAGAGGGGUUGGUGUAGCGACAGGAAUGCCCUUAGAGAUGUAUACAUGACAAGAAGAGAGAUAACAGGGACUAAUGGUGUAGUAAUAUAGUAAGGAAAGAGGUAAGGUGGGCGCUGUUAACUAUUAAUAAAUCUCCAGAGCAAUACUGCAGCAGCUGCAGGGGCAGCAAGAUGAGCCCCCCAAACAUAGAUCUGUCCAGCGCAUGGAGCACCAGACAUCAGCCUGGUCUUCACACCAUAUAACUAGACCUACAGGAUUGGCCAGCACAUGACAAAUGCUGCCCCCUAGUGUGGGUUAUGUGUAUACCGCAGGAUUCCUCUUCGUUGACUUACUACCUGGAUAUGCCAACGGGUUAAGUAGGAGGUCCUCUAUAGCCACCUGUCUGCAAGGGGCAUCUACCCUCAGUAUCAAUGUGUUUUAUUCCAGUUUAGAAAAAGUUUCAUACAUUUUGUCAUUUCACUAUGUGUAGCUGCAUUUCUCUAUUUGCAGGGGGGACGUGGUGAAAGUUGUACCCCCAGCUCUCUUUGCGAUAUGAUGCAAGCAACAGAGAACUGGAUAUUUGGGUGAAAUAGGGCCCUUUGUUACUUCCACACCCAUAGACACGUGUCGCUGAUUGUAGCAUAUGAAUUCUUCAUACUGCAGGGAAGCAUUUUUAAUAUCUACCAGCCCAUAUUUAUAUUGCAUUAGAUGGGAGAGUGAGAAAAAUGGACAAAUGGACACAAGAUGGAUCUGCCAACCCUAACUGGGCUCCACUUUAAUAGCGAGAUAAAUUGGCUCCUGCUGGGGAUUAUAGGCAUUUUAGUCCAAUCCACUUUUCCUUCCACUGCCCACGUUGGCCCAGAGCCUCUAAUUUGACACAGUAUGGCACUAAGCAUGGUGUACGAUCAAUACAACGGCACCUUACCAUAUAUUCUGUCUUAUUCAAUGACAGUCGAGUGCUUUUUGCUCGGCAAGCUCGCUGCAUAACAGUUACCCUGGGUUGCAUUACAUUAUUGUUCUGAGUUUGCUUUUUAUGCUGUUCUAAAAAAGGCUGCCUUUAGGGGAGUCUCAGACGGAUGCUCAGUCAUCCUCUGCGUGAGCCAGGACAGACACAUAAUUCUAACCGGUGAUGCUGUGUCCUCUGUUUCUCAAACACUCCCUGUACGCUAGUUUGCCAAACACAGAGAUUGGCCCUGAGUGUUGACAAAGCAGCUUGACUCAGAGUCCCGCAUUUAAUAAUCACAAGCCGUAUCCGCUGCUGCAAACAGCCUGGUGAUUCUGCUGUACUUAUCUGUCAUGUCAGGAUUUUACAUUUUAUUUCCUUACGUUCAGAGUCAGGGUAGGCAAGCUUCUGCACUCCAGAUGUUGUGAACCACAUCUCCCCUGAUGCUUUGCCAGCAUUGUGACUCUGACCAACAUCAUCAUAGUAAUUAUUUAACCUCAAUAUCGCUCCAAUAUCCAAACUCAUCGAGAUGACAGACCCACUUUCACCCUGGACUGUACGCACAGGAGUGAGGAAGGAGAGUUUUGUUUGUAACUAGACUCACAGUAACGCAGGGCCCGUUUGCUGUUUAGGUCCCAGCCCACUCUCUUCAUUAUUUAUCUUUGUAAAUUAUGUUAAUCACUGAAUCAAGAACAUUUUUAUCUCAUUUGUAUUUGUAAAAGUGUUCGGUUGGUGAUUUAAAAAGAAUUUAGCUUAUCUAUUCAGUGUCCAGAUUAUAAUCAGUGCCUUUACAUCCGAAUCCUAUGAAAACAUAGGGUUUGGAAUACUCACAAAGCUCCAGGUUAUCUAACAUUCCUAUUCACAAUCACAAAUUAUCAUUUGUUUUUUUCGUAAGUGAAUGAUAUAUUUAAGUGCUACUUGUCCGCUGACGGAGCUAUUAUAUCCAUAAUUGACGUCCUAAACGGGAAACACAGGCUAAAUCUGGACACAGAGAAAUAAAAGACCACAUCUCCUCUCUGGGUAUUUAAUAACGAAAUAGUAAUUAGUAAAGAGCUAACACCUGAUUUGUAUUAAUGUCGACCAAUAUAAUCAGACUUAAAAAAACCUACAUUUCAGCAAUGCUGGAGAUUUGGGUUUCAACUCUUUGGUUAAUUUUGACCUUUUACAAACCAUUUUCAACUCCCCAUUAAUCUGCUGUUUAGUACAUAUGCCUUUUUGUGAACCUGAUGGAAUAGUUGGGAUGCUGUCUGCUUCGGCGAUGUCAUAUUUUUUUAAAACUGCUCUAACGUUCCAAAUCGUUUGGAAAAGUCCUAAUUUGGAACCUCUGUCCUACCAUUUAAAGUAUUUUGUCUGGGGUUUCCCUUCUAGAUCAAACAUGAAGUGGGGGUGUUUCAUGACACUUGCUCACACUGAGCACGGCCAAUCACGGUCGUCCUGUAUAUGCAAGAGCGGUUCUGAAACUGCAGCACAUCCUCAGUCCAACUCACAAUGACUGUCCAGUUUUAUAACUCCCAAUGUAAGGUGCCAACCUGCAAAUUUCAUUCAAAACAAUAGCUUCAUGUAUUGAUGCUAAAAUGCCCCAAAUGGCUUAUCUAUCGAUGUUCCAAUAUGUGUUAUCUAUCUAUAUAAUAUUCCAAUAUUGAGUAUCUAAUAUUAUAUCUAUCCAAUAAUCCAAAAAUGAACCGGACAGGUCAAGUGUGGUUUUGUAAUUUCACAAAACUCUGGUGAAGGAAUACGGAUUUACUCAAAAAAUAUAACACAGUUUAGAUUGUAAUACUACAGUAUUAAUUACAACAAAUUUUGAAUUAAAUUGUUAACAAACUAUCCCCUGGAAAUGGCACCAAAAAAUAAUGUGAGAGAAUGCUGCAUAUAUAAUUGUUUAAAUGCAUUUAUGGAGUAAUUUAAUCUGUGAGCUGUUAAAAUGUCCCAAAAAACAUCAGAAUUCUAAUUUUGAAAACUGAAAAACGGUGUCUCUAACGGGGUAUAACUUUAAAAAAAUACUUGUAAAAGGUCAAAAUUAAUUCUGCCCAAACACUCAGUUCCCCCUACACAACAUUAUAGAAUAAGAGCAUGUGACGAGUAGUGAAAAAUGCAUGUAUAUAUAUAUAUUUGUAUUUGGUUUUAUCAAUGAGUCUAUUCCAUUGACAUGGGCCUGGAACUUCAGCUCUGUUAGCCCCUAUGUUAGCCCGGCCCUGCCUAAUGGAAAUAAGCUAAGGACAUGCAACAGAGGAAUAAUUGGUGAAUUGGGCCAGCUGCUGGCACUACUAAGACAAUUUGUUAUGGCUAAUGUUAUCAGGGCAUGAAUGAGAGCAGAUUAUCAUCCAGCCCCUCAGGAGCGUGUGUUGCAGGCAGCCAACUUGGAUUCCUCGCAGUAACAUUUAUUGAACCGAUUCUGCAUGGGUUAUUAAGGUUUAAUUUCAAGACACCCCCUGAUGACUAACGAUUUCACUCUAUACAUUAAGUAUGUAAUAUAUACGCACAAACAAUCACACGCCGAAAACUCUCUCCAAUGGCAUCAUAGUAAUUACUCAACGUCAAUAUCAUUCUAAUAUCCAAACACCUCGAGAUGGCAGACACACUUUCACCUUAUCACAGUUUACAGCAGGAGUCUCAGAUACUUUAUUGUAAAUGAUAUAUUGUUAAACCCUUUCCGGUUUGUACGUGGUUUUAUUGGAAGUCACAGGGUUUUUUGGACUUUGAUUUAUGACUAUGAUGGAAAUUGAGGGAUAUUAGUCAUGUUUAUGUCCAUUUUGCAUAACAAGGAAGGUUACUCCAUUUUGUAUCGCAUGACAAUUCUCUGCCGACGGGGAGUGAUUCCCUUCUCUGGGUUUUGGGAUUGAAAGACAUAUCUCUGUGCUGACACAUCCUUACAGGUUCUGCUCAGGGGUGUGCAUUUUAAAUUUAAUACUAUAUUUUCUAUUUGCAGCGCUCAGACCCAUCUGCAGCAGAUCACCAUGGCAACCGGCCAGGACCAGGACAGCGAGCAAGUAGUCCCCGACAGAGGUGAAGAAGAUGAUGUCCGAGCUGUUCAGGCUCGGUAUUUGCGCAGUCCGUCUCCCAGCAGGUAAGUAAAUUCUCCUUAAAAGGAAUCAAACUUCCCGAAACCCAACGUCUUAUUAUUUAUUUUUUAGUGCUAUUUUUUUUAGCAUUUUAAAAAUCAUGACAAAUACUAUACUAUGUGCUGCGUACCCGCACUUCCGGACACACACACGUGCAUACAUGUCCUACACAGGAGCCAAAAGCAGAGUAUACGAGGCAAACACUAGUCAAUAGGCUACUGAAUAAUUAGUACUUAUUCAGGAAGCAUUAAAAGACUUUUAGCCAACUCUUGCCAUCACGAAAAACUAUACUAUGCCACGUAAGACUGGUUCAAUCUGUGGGGCCAUCUAUAAAUAAAAUGCCAAGACGUUUUCCUUUGCAGAGUAAUGGCAGUCAGUCAGGCCUCUCUAGGCCUCGUCAGUCACAGCUAGUACCUUCUGCACGCCGUGCUCAAUAAACUCGUAUUUGGAUUGCACUAAGCAAUCUAGCAAACCCUAAUUAUAUGUAAAUAGCAUAAAAACAGAGCCAGGCACUCACUGAGAACUGAACAAUGUGUGAUCGCUCGGCAUCUGCUAGUUUCUUAUACCGUCUCUCUGCAGUUAGUUCUUUGCUCACUUGUGUAAUAGCAGUGGGAAGCUGUACCAUUCGAUAUUAGAAUGACACCAUUCACAGGGCAAUCCAGAACUGACAUGAUGGCACUGGCAGACUCACUCUGUAUGAGAGAUAUACGGGCCCCGCCGGCCUUCUCGUCACUGAGGUGUGACAAAUACCCCUCUAGGCAUUGUAAACAAAGGGCCCACACCUACGUUUCCACUACUCUUAUGACACGAAGGUAGUGAUUAAUUUGGUUAUCAGCUGGUGAAUGAACGUUUUCUGUUAAUGGUUUAUGUGCUGUGGUGGUUAUGGUGCUGGACGUUGCGUGCAUCCUACCCACAGUAAUAGGUCAAACCGUGGGACACAUACCUGGGUCCUUUUGGACGCCCUCUUCUCUGAUAUACCUGUUUCCCUUUUGCAUUAAAUAUAUCAAUGCUGUUCCUAUUUGCUCUUAAUUUAUUGGCUGAGACGGUCCAAUCAAAUGCUUCUCAUUGGAAAAUAUUGAAUUCAGUGCUUUUCUGUUAGCAGUAUUUGAUUGCGUUCGAUUACCUCAUUGAUGUCACUCAUUGUCUGACCAAGUUUCACUCGGUUAUUACAGUGGAAGCGCCUCCUGUGACUAUCAGUAUGAUAACUAAUAGAGAUGUGCUUAGCCCAGCGAUUUAAACAUAACCAUUACUAAAAACAUGCAACUUUUUACAUUCUUUGAGAUGAAGUGGUCUGGGUGCAUUUAAUGGUAGUGUUUUUCACUGUAAGACAGAUACAUAGAAAUUUCCCCUUCCUGAAUUAUUUAGUAAAAUUCCAGGCAGAACUAGCAGGAGAAACUUCCCAAUUAUAAGACAGCUGGGAAGGAGAAUUAUGAGAAUGUGUGACCGUUUAUGCAUGCAAAAAAAAAUCACAAAUAUGUAAUUAAAUAUGCAUGCAGCUCAGUGGCAUAUAUUUGCAUGUAUAAUUGUUGUUUGAAUAUGCUAACUAGCGCUUGUGUUAUGUAAGGAGAGAACAUGAUAUAUUUAGCACCAGAGGUAUUUUUUUUAACAACCUCUAUGUCAUUGAAAGAAUUAUUCAAAAAUCAUAGACAAUUCAGCUUCCAAACACACUAACUGUAUUUGUUUGACAAUUAUUUUGUUAAUUUGUUGAACUUUUGGGGUGUUGGUAUACGUGUGGAAUAGCUCCCAUACUUCAAGUGAUACCUCUGCCUGGUCAGCCUCGCUCUCUCAGGGACUUGGGAGCACUUCAGACCCUCUUGCCGAAGCUUGACAGAGGUCUCUGAGGACCUGGCUGCAGCUCUCUCCUCCCAGGCAGGCGUCAUCCCCUCUCCCAGGCAGGUAGCAUACCUCUGCCUACACUGGCCUUUACAAAGGCACUUAUAGCUUCCAGGCCUAGCUCUAAACUUUUCCCGGGAAUCAGGGAUCAGUGCAGCCAGACAACAGGUCAGAAAACUCUGUGAGUGGGAUAACGUUAAACUUAUGGCAACAAAUUUCAUUCAAUACUUGUAACCAAAUGGGAAAACACACAUGCACGCAUAAGAAAACAAUAAUAUAUUUAUAAAAAGGUGGGGUAGACAAUAACUAACGAGAAAUAUCUUCCCUGUCUGCAGAAACCAUAAUAUGCAAAUCUACCUGAAUAUGCAAAUGAUGGAGUCUUGCUAUUCAGGUAGUGCACAUAACUUCCCUCCUCCGUUAGAUGCUCACCCAGUCUCCACUCCUUCAAAAAAUCAUUAAAAACCCACUUCUUCAUAAAAGUGUAUCAAUUAAACUGUUAAUAGCUCCUGACUGCUCCUCUUCUGCAACUGUCACUAGUCUAACACUAUCCUUACCUUUUGUGUCAUUUUACCCCACUCCCUCUAGCAUGUAAGCUCAUUGAGCAGGGCCCUCGGCCCCUCUGUUCCUGUGUAUCCAACUUGUCUGGUUACAACUACAUGUCUGUUCGUCCACCCAUUGUACAGCGCUGCGGAAUUUGAUGACGCUAUAUAAAUACCAUAAUAAUAACUGUAGCAAGAUCUUCACAACCAAUAGAUGGCGCUGUACAUACCUGAAAAAAACCAGGACAGGACAAGGUGAAGUGUUUCAGUGGACAAAUACUCUUCGAUCAGGAUCAGACAUUCCGCAUUUUCCCACAUUCUGUCACUCAAGUGUAAAGAAAAGUAAAUAUGAUUUAAAAAUGAAAAUGAUUAUAUCUCCCAAAGAUAGAUUUAAUUCGCUAAAUUUAGCCUCAAAUCUGACUUGCGCAGUUUUUCCUUCAAUAAGCAAAUUGCAUUACAUAAAGUGAGGAAGGGGAUCGACAGAGAUAUUCCAGGGCAAACAUGACAUUAUAAUGGCUCUGGUCUCAUCUCGUUUUAUAAAGAAAACCAUUAUUCCACCAGGCAGUAAACCGGCAUAAAUCCCCCCUUUGUAGCACUGGCUAUGGGUAGUCAAUGCGAUUUGUUCACAGAUCUGGAGAAUCUUAUUCAAACCAUUUUAAAAAAAGUGUGCAAUGUAACCGCUUGCAAUAGAUGAUAGUAAAUGAUAAAUAUAGCUGCCGGCAAGCCGAUAGUCACUCUCUGUACCAUCACCGAAUAAAACCACAACGAAGGAAGGUCCUUUAGUUUUUGAUUCUGGCAAGUUUUGUUGGAUUUCUAUUUUAUUCAAUGUUUCUGAUUUCUGGGUACCUGAGAGAUGUGCUGACAGAUUCUUAUAGUAAAAGAACUGUACUCAGUGAGGGAAGGUGGGAUGUACUCACUGAGGGAAGGUGGGAUAUACUCACUGAGGGAACUGUACUCAGUGAGGAAAGGUGGGAUAUACUCACUGAGGGAACUGUACUCAGUGAGGGAAGGUGGGAUGUACUCACUGAGGGAUGAUGGGAUGUACUCAGUGAGGGAACUUGAGCUCUACUCAGUGCUGCACUCAGUGAGGGACCCUGACAUGUACUCAGUGAAGGAACAGGACCCUGAACUGUACUUAGUUAGGCAACCUGAGCUGUAUUUAGUGAGGCAACCUGAGCUGUACUCAAUGAGGGAACCUGAGCUGUACUCACUGACCUAUCCUGAGCUGUACUCAAUGAGGGAACCUGAGCUGUACUCACUGAUCUAUCCUGAGCUGUACUCAAUGAGGCAGCCUGAGCUGUACUCAAUGAGUAAACCUGAGCUGUACUCAAUAAGUAAACCUGAGCUGUACUCACUGAAGGAACCUGGGCUGCACUCACUAAGGUAUCCUGAACUGUACUCAAUGAGGGAAUCUGAGCUGUACUCAAUGAGUUCAACUCAUCUUAGUGAGGGAGGGAACCCAACCUGUUCUCUGUGAGUGAACCAGGCUGAGCUGUACUCAUUGAGGAAAUCUCAGCUGUACUCACUGAUCUAUCCUGAGCUGUACUCAAUGAGGGAACCUGAGCUGUACUCACUGAUCUAUCCUGAGCUGUACUCAAUGAGGGAGCCUGAGCUGUACUCACUGAGGGAGCCUGAGCUGUACUCACUGAGGGAACCUGAGCUGUACUCACUAAGGUAUCCUGAGCUGUACUCGAUGAGGAAUCUGAGCUGUACUCAAUAAAUGAACCUGAGCUGUUCUCUGUGAAAGAGCCAGGCUGAGCUGUACUCAUUGAGGAAACCUGAUCUGUACUCAGCGUGGGAACCUGAGCUAAACCUGAGACUGUACCCAAGGCUGACCAUGUAGCAAUACCUAUGGCUUGGUGGAAGGUUGGAAUCUCUGUAUAUCUCUGUUCUAACAUCUAGAGCGUCUAUCUUAUAUUAGUCGUUCUAUGUUAGCCUUCAGGAAUCUUCUCCAAUAAGGCCGUCUCCUGAGUCAUCAGAGCUCCAGACACCCGGCGUGAAUAAAUUGUCAAUAAAAUAGAACUCCAGCUUUCUUUGCAGCUCUAAGUCUGCCCUCAGUGGCUGUCUACCAAAUAGCCACUAGAGGGCUUCCUGAAUCGAAACGAACCUUUGGUCCGGUAUCUGACGUUGGACGCCCUCACACUGCAUGAAGACAUCCAGCAUCAGAUUUUUCGCCAUAGGAAUGCAUUUAUUAAUGCUUUCCUAUGGGGAAAUCCUAAUGAAAGUGUGGCCAUGGCCAUUGGGCAGAGCCUGGCCCAGCGCCAAUGUCAGGUAAGUGACCAAAGGGGUUUUAACUAGAAACCUAUAGUGCCCAAAAACGGCUUUAUUUUCCUGGCACUAUAGGAUCCCUUUAAGAAAACAAACCUUUAACCAUAAAUAUAAAAAUCACCAAAUAUGCAUAAAAUUAAACCUAUAUUAAUGGCUGUAAAGAUGGUAUACUGAUCUCUGGAUAAACGUUUAUGGGUUUAAUUAGUGUAUCCAUAGAGAAUGUAGUAACCAAGGGGUCAUAUACAUUGUAUGAGAGACCCGGGUAGUGUAUGCCAACGUUAACUAAAAAGCUAGAUUCUAUUCUUAUAACUUAUUCUAAAAGGAUGUAGUAUUAUCACGUUAUAAUAAUUAGUAGAUGUUUUAGUGAUUAUUUUAUUUCCUGCUUUGGGCAGUGCAGCAUUAAGAACACAAUUUAUACAGGCCAAUUAUCAUGCAAAUUAUAAACCGACGAUGGACUGAUUAUCCCACAAACUGCAGGUUGCGAAGUAACAGACAACGAUCGUUGAAAUGUUUUUAAUUCUAUUCAUUUCUGCCUUGCAGCCUCUUAUGUUUAUAAAGGGUUUUUACGCGAAAUUAUUGAAUACUCAGACUAUUUUCUGAUGGGUUUUUCAUGGCGCGAAAUCUUCUUCAGUUUCACUCGUUACUGAUCUUAUGAGGGCACUUUACAUAAUCGGGGAUUUCUCUAGAUAACAUUCAAACUCAAUGGCCCUGAGUAUAUUACACAGCUUCCUCGUGUCAGAUCUUAAGAGAACAAAGGCUGGAUUUCAAAUUAAAAAGAAACAAUUGUAGCUACAAUGAAAGGGAAGACAGAGACAAAACCCAAAUCUCUUUAUCCUGUAAUAAAAAGUGUGCGUUUACUGCAACCAUCCCAUCAACGUUUAAAACGCUUAUUGACAAUGCUCUAGCAGCUGACAAUAUUUCUAAUUUAAUGUGAAUUCCCUUUCCUCUGAAUCCAGAUUUUCACUUUGAUAACUUGUCACGCUCACGGAAAAAGCAACCCAGCGCUAAUUUAAAAAAAAGACGUUUGAGAAUGAGAAGCAGGAAAAAAAACGAAAUAUAUUCAGCACAUAGAAUAUAUAAAGAAGUGACGACCUCAGGCAAGUUUUGACCACUAGGAGGUUAUAUGGUUUUCUCUAAUGGAGUUUUGAGCUAACAUCUCCAUGGCCCCCGCUCUCGUAGGUUUUAAUGGCUGGGGCGUCUUCUGUGUCUCUGUUUGUCUCAGGCAAGCAGAUUCUUGAUUGGCUCUGAGUGAUAGGAGUGCAAGACAUUAGUAUUGUAGUUUCUGGUAUCGAUGUAUAAUUACACGACAGUUAGAAAAUUAGAGAGUUAGAAAAUUAGCAAAUUUUUUUGAAUUUAUCUGUUUUAGAACGGAACCGGAUUAAGGUUAACCAGGGCCAUAGGCAGUUUGCCAGAUUGGCGCCCCAUCCUAGUGUUGUGUGUGUAAGAGUGUGUGGUAGCAAAAUGUUGUGUGUGUUGAGGUGGCUGAGAGCUGUAUGGAGGGGGGGGGAGGCUGAGUGUGUCUGUGCAUGCAGGCUGAAUUUUGUCUGUGUGUAGGAGAGUGUGGCUGAGUGGUGUGUGAGUGUUUGCUCCCACCUACCCCUUUGUUUAGUUUCCCAUUAUUUUAAUAUAUAUAAUAUUAGAGCAAAUUAGCGUAACAUUUUUAUUUGUAACGUGAUGUGUAGCUAGAAUAUAAAUGUAGGUUAAAACUGCAGUUUUGUUUAUAAAUUGCUGCUCAAGUAUACCUUACAAAAUAAAUGUAAUUUUUUUUCAAAAAAUUACUAUUUUUAUUUGUUUUUUUCCCUAUAUAAAAAAAACAAAUUGGGUAUAUGUUGGGUAUAUCUUGCAAUAUUGCAGCCAGAGUUUUAAAUAUUAGCAUAGAAAUGUACAUUAAAUCGUGUGGCGGGCCACCUCCCACCGAUCGCUGCUUCCGAGUACCACAAGCACCGCACCAGACACCAUCAGCACUGUAGUUCCAACUUCCAGCGUUGCAGCUUGGUUGGGGUCCCGCUGUCCUCCACCCACCCUGGACCCAAGACCAGAAUCCAGCUUCCAGUGGGUAGAGCUCUCCUACUCCAGAGGGCAAAGCAGGUUGGUCUUACAAAAUUAAGUGAUUAUAACCCAGAGGAGUAUAGUGAUCCCCAGGGUAGAUAAAGCCGUUUCCCCCACACAUGAGAUGAGACUCUAUGUUGAGGGUAAGCAGGAACUUGUUUAAUGGGAGUCACAACUGCCUUAUAUGCAAGUCCCCAUGCAAUGGGCACCUCCCCCCCCCCGAGGGUAUACCACACAACCACAUUGGCUCUCAGAUCCAGGACACUCCCAUACAUAAUCAGAUAAUCCCUCCUGUGUACCUGGGAGAUAAUUGAGUCAUGGACUGUACUAACUCAAUUAUCUCCAGGCAGAAAAACACAAUUGUUUAAAAAAAUCCCCAAAUACCUUUAAAACAUACAAGCCCCCCACAAAAGUUACAUCCCCUGAUAGCCCUGAUCUGGGUGACUAACAUAUCCAAAAAUCACCCAGAUCAGUUCAGGGGUGCAGGAAUUUCCUGGAAGUCUUAUUUUUGACUGACCGCACGCAUGGUCUCAUGCCCAAAACAGUUCCAGAGAAUCAGGGCUUGCGGUCGGUCUAGUUCGGUACUUUCAAAAACGAACAAACUACCAAACAUAGUCAAUGUUCGUACCCUGGAGCUUGUUCCCCUCAUCCAGACGAACGAUUUUUUACCGAACAUUGCCCUUCUAAAUUGUAUAGAACUGAACGCAGGCGAUGAUGGAAGUCCAGCGGUGUACGGGAGUUUCUGUGUCCGAUUUUAGUUCCAUAAGAUUCAUGCCUAAACACCUCUGCCUGCGUUCAUGCGAACAAGAUGGCCACCACCUCGUGGUUGUCCCAAGGAAUUGCGGCCACCCAGACGAACAAUUAGAACACUGCGGUGAGAAAUGUUCCAAGGUGUUAAUAAGUGUUAACAAGCUCCCGGGUGGUCCCUGGUUCAUGCGGUUGUUUAGUAGUCGAACGGGACAAUGUUAGAAUAGGAGGAGAAUGCAAUCUACCGAACAGAAUAGCAAAAAUGAACGAACAGGGUCUUUUAUGAGCCUUUUCGCAUUGCCCAUAGUCCUGAGGCAGGAGGCUGGCAAACAGGCCCCUCCAAGAACACAUGACGAGGUUACUUUUGCCACAAAUAGUAAAAUUUAUUGCCACUUUAUAAUUUCACUACAAUGAAGCUUGAUGAUGUCAGUGCGAAAGCUAUCAUUAACGCUAAGUCAGCACAGUGUCUGGAACUCUGAAAGAGGAAGGCUUAUCACUAGUCCCCUUUUUAUGCAGAUAUUUCUAUUAGCAAAAACAAUGAGCUGCAACUAUUCAAAAAUAACCAAACUAUACGAGAUUCAGUCUCAUCAUAAAUAUAUACCAAACAUGUUUAGAUUUUCACUAGCAAAGUACAGAGACCUGCUCUAUUAAUGCGUCGUACAAAAAGCAUAGAUAAGUGUCAUAAUUUUGGUGAAUCAUUUUAUUUUUUUUAUUGUAUGUUGCUACUGGCCAAAGAAAACAAUAAAACAGAGGCAAGCGGAUCAGUAAUAGGUUCAGGAUUUAAACGAACAAAUGUUAAGAAACAAAUGUAACUUUAAAAGUUUGCAUUGCAAUGAAUGUGUGCCCUCUAGUGGACAGAAAGGGAACUGUCAGCUGAACGGUUUCGGGUUAUUACUCCCCAUUAUUAUAUUUGCAAUGAAGUUUCUCUUCAGUUACCUCUCAAUUCAGUAAAUCAUACUCUUAUACUAAAUAAAUGUUGUAUUAUUAAAAAUGAGCAUGCAGCGUGUUCUUCCAUUAUUUACAACAUUUAUUGUUUGGGAAGUAAGAUUCAUUAUCUCUGCAGCAAUCUGCUUCUAUCAACUCAGAAAGGGGAACAUCGGAAUUAUUGUCUUAACGCGUCUCUGUGAAGGUGUAUGCUUUGUUUCCUUUAUUUAAAAUAGAAAAGUCACCUUUACGGACGUGUGGAUUGCAGUGGAGUGCGGAGGUAAGUAUAAGACGCACUUACCUUUGCAGCUCUUCUGUGUCCAUGGCGACGCCAUCUUCGUAAAAUGUAAAAAGAACGGUGUAUAUCUGUGGAGAAAUGUCGUACAAGUGCGUGCACGCUUGGACAUUACUUCCACAGAGCCGUAAUGCUUGCAUCUGCUUCCGUGUAUUACUUUUUGCGGAUUAAAUAAAUCUGUACGUUAUAUUCUAACUGUGUCAGGUCGGCCAGUAUCACAAUGUAAGUGUGUGCAUGCAGGGGCUUUGUUCUGUAAUAUUUGGUCCAGUUUGGGGAGAUAUUUGUAUCACCCAAGUUGUACUGUGAUUGGGGUCUAAUGCGCUGGUGGCGGCCCUGACCAUUAGGGUCACCCAAUGGACCCUGAUAAACCUUUGGAACCCGGUGCUGCUGCUCUCAGGCUAGUUUCGCCUCUUAUGUCUAAUAUGUCUCUGUGCACUGUAGACAGUUUCCUGUUCUUAGCUGACGGGAGUGUAAAGCGUUGCAUCUAUGGACGCCAAACACGUCAAGGUGCAAAGUGUUUGGCGUCCAUAGGUGCAUCUUUACAUUGUGCUGUAGUAACACAUGGUUAAUUCAGUCAUUGUUGCUAUCUGUAAGCUUAAACCAGCCUGGCCACCCUCGUCUGAUCAUUAACAUAAGCUUUUUCACUCACCCGGCUACUUCCUAUCGGAUGUUAUGUUCACGUUUCCCUGUAAACUCGAGAGAAAGUUGUGCAUGAAAAUCCAGGUAAACGAGUCUGAGAUCCUCAAAUCGCCAUGUGCAGCAGCAACAAUUAUCCUACGUUCUAAGUCCGUUAGAUCACAUUUCUUUGAUGUUUGGUUUGAGCAACUCAACCUCUUGACCAUUCCUUCUUGGAUUAAAUUGCUGCCGUAUAAUUAGCUUAUUAAAUAUUUCACGUAACAAGCGAGUCUUAAUAAAGUGGACACUGAAUGUAUUUCCUUUUUUUUUUUUAAACUGUUUUACGUGUUAUUCUAUAUCUGAUCAUUCUCCUAUCAAGCUCCAUCUUUUUACCUUACAAAUAUCUGUAUUGGAUAUAUAUAAAUGUAGUUGCGCUGCUGAUUUUUGUUGUUGUUUUGUUGUUGUUGUUGUUGUUUGGAAUGAUGUCAUAUGUCUCACCUCAUGUACCAAAAAUAUGAGGAAUUUUAGAUGUGAUGAUUUUCACUAUUCAAUGAGUUUUCGGAUUCAAGUUAUGAGCAAUCAGGUAAAGACUAUAUAUCCUUAAAUUGGAAUUUUAAAAAAAAAACAAUUUUUUUUUUUUUUUUAGCAAAGAUGAUUCUGUUGAAUAUCCUAUUCUGCAAAGAACAUGUUGAAGUAAUAAACUAUUCAACUCACACUGAGAAAUCAGAAUUGUAUAUGUAAAUGUAUGCAAUUAUUCAUUGAGAAACAUUAAAAGUGGAAUUAAACAUGCAAAUCUAUUCAACUUGUAUAUGCAGAGAGAUAUACUUAAUUAACCUAUUUAGCUCAUGGUUAGUGGAACAUGAAGUAUUAUGAAUGCAAAAUUAUGAAGCAAAGAAUAUUUGCAUAUUUUUGCAUAUGUACAUGUAGCCCUUUAUUUGAAUAUAUAAACAGAUGCAUAACUUUACAUAUCUAUUAUACAGUAGAACAGGUUGUGUCUUCACUGGUACUUUUUCCAUAUCUUUCUGUAACUGACAUUUUACAAAAAAACAAAAAACGGUAGAAUUAUUAUUAUUUCAAUAAUAAAAAAUAAUAAUGAAAUAAAAAAACAAACAAAAAAAUCAAACAACGUCCAAAGGUUUGUUUUAAUAUUUCUAAGUUCAAUUAUAGUGCCUUAAAAGUCUGCUUUUACAGUGGAAAUAAUUACUCUUUUUAUAUAUUUUUUCCGUUUCUUUUCAAUCGUUUUUUUUUUUCUCUGCGCUUUUUUAUUUUUUUUUAUGAUUCCGGAACAUUCUAUGUUGAAUGCACGCCUGUCAAGUGAUCAAGAGAUUGCGUUAUUAUUUUGUUAGAAACAGUACACGUCUAUGAAAUAUAUCCUAUUAGCUGGCGUAACCUUCCAGCACAGGGGGGAAUUAAGGGUGACCUAUUAAAGGAGAACCUUUGCCACUGCAGUGAUUGGAGGACUAAAGCACCCAUCACCCUCAGUCUUCGGCUCAACAUCGAGCAGUGAUAAACUCAUGGCUAAGCCAUUAAAGGGUUUCAACGCCUAAACGUUACACAAAAAGUCGGUAAUGAAAUGGUUAUAUAUCCCUCAAUAGAUUCCCCAGAUAUAAUGCCCUGUAGGUUUGCUUUAAUCUCUUUCUGGUUUCAUAUUGUAUGAUUGGAGAAGCUAGACUUUCCCUUUGUUUAUGCGUGUUUUGUUAUUUUUUUCCUUCUGUUGUUUUAUAUCUGUAUUUCGAUGGCGAAGAAAAAAAUAAAUGUAAAAAAACUGCGCAGCGUUUUACUUACUAUGUUAUGUAAACAAAAAGGUGAAUUCAUUUCAGACGCAGAUGCCAAAAAGAUUUCAGAAUAGGUGCAGGGAGAAAAUAUCCUUUUUCAGUUCUCUUUGUGUAUGCUGUUGACGUUUCCUAGCGGCAGCGAAGAACACAUUUAAAUAUCCUUUAACAUUGUUUACAAUUAUUUAUUUCAGAAUUUAGGUUUAUGAUAGAAAUAGAAGCAGAGGGAGGAAGGAGAAAAAAUGGUUGCAGUUUAUUGAAAAUUCCUUUUUCCACUCUCACGUCUUUUUCUGUCCUAUUUUUUUUUUAAUAGAAAUGCGCUUUAUUCGGUUUUAUUCUCUUUGGAGCGAGCGCGGCUUAAAACACAGAAUAAAAUGUCCAUCUUAUAACUCCCAGAAUGCUUUGGGAAAGACAUGACAAACGCUAGGUCUGAUGAUCUUCCACCCCCCCCCCCCGACCUGUAUCCAGAUGGCUACUCCAGUAUCGAUCCGUUGGUAAUAUGUAACAUGAUGGAUGUAGACGGUUAUUUCUGUCACCUUGGAUACAAGAACCACCAGUCCUCACUGAUUGAAUCCCUUGCCAUUAUUUCCACUGCAGAAACAGGGUUUUUUUUUUAUUUAUCCUUCUGAUGUGUUUUCAUACCAAGGUUGCGUACAUCGCUGAUUGCUGAGCUUUGCGUAGAAUUGGAGGGUGGAAUGCAAACAGAGAUCGGAUACAAGGGACAAGAACACAGCUAUGGGGCUUUUGUUGCAAAAAAAAAGCCAUUAAAUAAAAAAAUGGAAAGGAAUUGAAUGAUAUAAUCAGCUAAGAUUAAAAUGAAUGGAUAAACCUUGCAGCAACUACCAGGGUGAUAAGAAAAGGAAGAGAACCUUAUGAUCUUAGUGGUCAUCUACACAAUCUAUAAUAACAUUAAAAAAAGACUUAUGUCCUUGCUAAAUGGUAUAAUUAUUUAUAUAAUUCCAAUUUAAUUAGAAAUAGUCAGAACGUAACCUCUAAGAUUUUUCUCUUAUUUCAGUGUGUUAUGGAGAGAUAGCACAACGUUACACAUUUACAAAUAAACAGGAAAAUACAGAGAUAUAAAAUAAUUAACUUUUAUACGCAGGCAUGUGUUUGUAGACAAACAAACACGUGUGAUACCCCUCUUUGUUUAAAGGGACACCAAUGGAGAGAUUUAUGAAAGUAUUCUGAACAGUGUCUUUUUUGUCUCUAAUCUGUUUAUAUUUAUUAAAUUGUUUUAAUAAUGGUAAAAUAUAUAUAUACAUAUCGUCUGCAUGAAACUGUGAUAUUUUGGGCCUAAAAUAUGCAUUUUGGAAAAGGCCAACAAAUUUAGUGUUGUGGGAAAAAGAGAAAUGAAUCCGAAAAUAAAAUAUUUGAAAGAAUAUUAAAUCUGUUGCAUCAGUGGAAAAAUUUUUUUUUUUUUUUUGGUACCCAAAGACAGGUACCAUUUGCAUCUCAUCCAAAGUCCUUUAUCAAACCUUUAUCAAGUCUUUGGAGGAGACGAAAACAUUAAUUGUUUUUGGGACCAAUAAAGGAACAUUGCCUGAAGCAGUGCCGGACCAUUUAAAAUAUAUUUUAUGAAAAAAAAAAAAACAUAUGACAAAGAUGAUUGGCUGAGGGAGUCGAUCAGUUUACUCUUUUACAAGACUCAGGUACCCCAGCAUUUUUUCCCUUUCCUGUUCUAUCACUUUAGAGUAAUUUCAUUUCAGUGAGGAGACUAUUUUGGGGGGAUCACAGUUGUUACACCAUCUUAUAAAAAACAUGUUUGUCCAGGCACCAAUAUAAUACAUUGUCUGGCUCUAGUAAACUGGCGUGUAUGUCGGGAUAUAGAAAAGAUAUAUAUUUAAAAGACAAGCUACGCAAAUGUUGAAGAAAAUAUUAUAAUGCUCUGAAAAAUAUAUUGUCCUAGGGAUGAAUUAAGAAUGUCAUAUUAAACAGUAUAAAAUGCUAAAUAAGCAAAAAUGUCUACUUUCGUAUAAAAUGUACAAGGUAAAACAAAACAAAACAAACACUUGUAUUAGAGGAUGUCUGAAAAGUAACAUCACAAACUAAUACAUUUCAUCCUUUGGGAUAUUUUCUGUAUCCUUAUAUUUUAUACUGUAGUAUUAAGUUUCUUUUGUUUUGUUUAUUUUGUUUGUUUCAUAGGUUGUAUUAUUUGAGAGGAAAACAAUUAUCAGUUAAUUGUUUGGCUUUAUUCAAUAUGAGCAUCAAAUGUGUGUUUUCUCACAAAUUUCUGUUCUUAUUUUGUGAUGGGCGAAGGAAAUAAUUUUUUUGGUAUAUUUUAGUUAAUUGAUUUCAAAUGAACAAAAUAACGUUCGUCUUUCAUGCUCAGAUAUCUGUUUGUUUUACUUUGUGUUUGUGAAACGUGUGGGGUCUCUUAAAUUCUUGUAUAUUACAUUGUAUGUUUUUAUUUUAAUUAAAAUAUGUGUGGAAGCGCAAUGGGUUGGCUGUUUUAAUACUACUUCCGUUCUUUACCCAUGUCCCUCCCAAAUGGGUCACCGUAGGAAAUUUGGAACAUUAUCACAUGUCGAUGAAUGUCCUACUAUAAAUUCAAGAAUAUUGUUCUUCUUUUAAUUUUAGUUUCUUGGUUUUGGUAUGAAGUAUCCACAGACAAAUAUUAUUUUAUGAAACACCAAAUUCUGCCUAAAAUAGCAUGUGGUAUGCGCAUAUACCUCUCAUAAAAAUCCCUGAACUAAUAACAAACAAAUCAGACUCAACAGAGGGACGAAAUCCAAAUGUUAAAAUCUAGCGAAAGUACCAUACCUGUCUGUCUGUCUGUCUGUCUUAUACCUCUAUGGCACGAUAUGAUACAUACUGUGUCCAAUCAGAACCUGUAACAAGCUGAGUGCGUUUUGCUACAUUUUCUUUCUAAAUACAUACAAAGAACAAUCUAUUAACAUUCUCGAGUAGCUGAAUGUUUAAUUGCAUAAUAUUGUACGAACACUGUAAUCUUGGCCCUUUUUUUGUAGGGCAGCAUUUUAUAUUUUGCUUUAGGACCUGUGUGGCCGACCGGCGUUUUUCUAUUAUUGCAUUUAGUCCUGGGAAGCACCAGGGAAUUGGCACUUAUUUUCUAAGCUGGAUUCCAUGCUGUGAGGUGGUCAAGUACGUUGGUAAUUUUUGAAGUCAUUUUGUGUACAUCAUUUGUGACAUUCGUUAUAUAUCAUUUGGUGACCUUUCCCAGUAUAUGUGUCAUUAUAGGAACGUUUUGAUAUAUAUAAUUUUGAGGCAAUUUUCAGAAUGCUUGUUAUUUUGUGAUUUUUUAUUUAUUUUUUGCGAAAUAUGUUCAAAUAUAUUUAGCAAUUUGUUGGGUCCUGAAUGGAUUCAUCGAAUUAAAAAAAAAAAAAAAAAAUGUAUGCGACAUCAUUCAUUUCAACGUUAACAUGUAAUAUGUGUGUAACUAGCAAAUAUAUAUACCAAAAACAGCAUUCCUGAGUGUACUGGCAAUCUACAAUUACAUUUUAAGUCAUAGACUCGACUACCUGUAAUUCUGGAGUAGUGGAACGUUUGACUAGAUAUUAAAAUAUGCGUUGCCCUACUAGAGGGAGAUUAGAAAGUGUUCUCUUACGCCCAUAUGUUUAAUACUGUUUUUCUGUUGUGUAAGUCAAUGAUUUGCUUUAAUAUUUUUGACUAUGAUUUCCAAAUGAUUGUAUGAUCAGGGGGGGGCGAAGCCUAGCAGCCAAACCAACCGGUUGCACACUUUGUAUUACACAAUACUGCUGUGAAUUUCGCCUACUGUGGUCUCCUGGAGUUGAGAGACAGCACCUGCAAAUCUAUGUUGCUGAUCGAGACCGGCAGCAUUCUCCAGAGGCCUACUUACAGUGACCACGACGAUCCCUCAGCUCAUUGGCACACACCUCCUAUGGGGACCUAACUUGUACUCUCCACACCCCCACCCCCCUCCGCCGGUGAAGGGUAUCCCGGCACCUACCAGCUGUGCCUCAUUGGAAAUGCUCUUGCGAUUACUCAUCUGCAGUGACAAAGAUGGCGGACUCCAUUUGCAUUCCGGCACAUUGGGGCACGCAACUGACCAGCUUGGAAAAGCUUGACGCCCUAUUUAAGACCUUCUGGUCCACGAUGACACGUCACGUCAUGGGCACCAUCUUUACAUCUCACCACUGCGUCUCUGAGACAAUGCCCUGGCAUAGCACGCAGGAGAUGGAUUUCCCGGAAAUCGCUUCGCCGCAGAAGACCCGAGUUGGCACUGAUCCACUGCCUUUCUAGGCCGUGGCCCAACUGGGACAAUUUCCUGGACACCACUCACUCCCUCAGAGGAUCCCUACUACACGUGAGCUGCAGCAACCUCUUAAAAGAUCUUGAGACCAAGCCCUGGCUGUAUCCAACGCUGAGACUAAUGAGACUGGUGCAUUGGGCUUUGAGGGGGCCUGGGGCUGGUGGGGACAUUUGCAUGGGUCAUGGGUCUGGUUUUGUGUCAGGGUAGUUCCCAUUAUCUGACAGGUGUGGGCUAAGCCCUCUGGUCUUAGACCCACAGCUCGCACCAUUUCUGUGGGCCCUAGCUUUACAUGUUAUAUCCUUACCCUCACGUGCCAAGCCGCAUGUUCUACUGCUAUUUUAUGUGUCCUCUUUUUACCUCCUGAAUGCUACACAGGCAUAACGACCCUUUAAAACCAAAGAGGGCACCUAGAUACACAUAGCAUGCUAUCUUAACACUUUGUCUUCUCUACAAAACUGGAUAAUCUUCUUAGGCUAACUAUGUCAGCAUUGAUACUUACCUACCAGGUGUAAAUGCAUUCUACUUUCCUAAAAAUAUUUAAAAAAGGCAACUUCUUCUUAUGCCAUGACACUGUAUAUGUCUAUGAGUUUGCAAUAAGCUUGCCAUUGUUGUGGCAUCACAAGCCUGUAUGUCAUUCCUUGCACCAUGAAAAUAAAGUAUUUAAAAAAUAUAUACAUAAAUAUAUAUAUCAUAUAGAAACAAUAUCAAAAUAUUCCAAAAUUAGUUUUUUUUAAAUAAUAUUAAAUAAUUUUAAAAGUUUAUCCAAAAGUAUAAAAUAAUUUGGAAAGCGUAUCCAACAAUAUUAAAUUGAGGCCAAAGUCUGUAAUAACGUAACAGUAUUCAGAGAAUAUAAACACAAAUAUGUUUAGACCUCAAACCACAGGGCAACUGUUCAAUUGCUUAAAAAAAUCUAAAUAAAUGUAACAAGCCCACUUAGUUGACAAAAUGAUUCAUCCAUCGGUUUAUAUAACCCAGAAUAUAAAUGGAAUUGUAAAUAAGGACACAUUGACUGGGAGGUAUUUAAAGGACAUCUCCAUUUGUGACAACCCAAUAAUAUUAUCAUUGUGCCCAGCAGGAAGAGAAGGCAGGGCCAUCUUAACAGCAUUAUGGGCCCCUGGGCAAAGCAAUGCACUGGGUCCCUGCCUACGCAACCACUCACAGGAAUAAAACUGUAUAUUAGCAAUAAAAUUAAGCUUAUAUUUAUUGAUACCUCCAACAAAAUCAGUGUUUAAACAUUAAAAAACAUGCUGUCCCGGCCCUAAGCUUGCAAACCAUCCUGAAAUGGCCGGGAAUCUCCAGGAAUCGGGUUCACUCACCCGGUCUCCAAACUUUAAUAUCUCCCGAAGUGACAACAUUUGUUAUAUAUUAUAUUUUUGCGUACAACAUCACAAAACAGAGUUAAAAAAACAUGCUGUCCUGGCCCUAAGCUUGCCAACCAUCCUGAAACGGCCAGGAGUCUCCAGGAAUUGAGUUCACUCACCUGGUCUCCAAACUUUAAUAUCUCCCGAAGUGACAACAUUUGUUAUAUAUUAUAUUUUUGCGUACAACAUCACAAAACAGAGUCGGAACGUAAUACAUAUACAAACAAGUUUUCUGUGUCCAUACAAGAUCUUGUCCUAUGUAAUUUUACAGAAUACUUUACAGAAUGUAAUUAUAAAGCCUGUACGUAGCAACAUAUAUGUACAGUAGUGAGUAGUUUCAUCCAUGAAAAAAACAUGCAUUAAACUUCUAAGCAAUAGAAGGUUACUUAUAAAAUCCCAUUGAAUGUCUGGGGACGUCGUUGUUACUUCAUACAACAUAAAGGCCGUAUUUCACUUACUGAUGUUUAAUUAAAUGACAGAUCAAUAUCAAUACAUGUGCUAUACUCACUGUCUCUGGGUUUAUGAUUGCAAGAUCUGCAGUGGAGCCCAGUGAGGAUUUUAGAUGGUAGGGCGUUGAACCUCGAUCCUCUGAGACAUGAUGCCCUUUUCAGUACCGUAGUCCUAUAGAGACAUAUAUUUGUAAAAUUAAAACCACUUUAAAUAUAUUUAUGUAAAAACAUAUUAAUGUCUCUAGUUCAAUUAUAAAAAAAAAUAGGUGAAAGGAUCACAAUAGAAAUGAUGAUGGUAUCUGAAUAACAAACUGGCAGGGUGCUGACCUCCUGAACCUUAUGCAUGAGCCUCAUGCAGGGUAAAAUAAAAUGAGAACCAGCGGUUUGUCCGAGCAGUUUUAUAACAGCAACUUCACUCUUUUCUGAUAAAAAUACAAUGCAAUUGGUUGUGAAGCUUGCAAUCUAGCGUCAAUGUCCGGUGUUCCAAGAGAUUAAUGUUUUACCUGGCGAUCUCAUUAGAUGUCAUAGAACUGACUUUGGUGCAUUUGUACAGAACUCGUUCGAUCUUCUGAUUUGGAACCUAAAUCCGCAGAAUCUCUCACCUCAAACAAUCAUUUCUGCAACUAGAAACAGUGUUUUUGACACGGAGGGAGGAUUUUUCUAAAUCUUCAACUUACUCAUGCACAGUGCAGUGACGCUGCAAAAAGAGAAGGCAUUAGAUCUUUUUUACUUGCUCAGUAUGGAUGCAUGGAGAGCAAUUCUAGUGGAAAGUUCUAAAACCAGAGCAAAGAACGUUCCAUUGGUUCGUAACACCAUUAGAACGUUGCCCUAGAAUUGCUCUUUGUACAUAAAUUCCCCGCUUCCCUUUUAAUAUCUGAUGAAACAACAAAGGGUUGCUUAUAAUAAAAAUGCAAGUGGUAAGGGACCUAAUUUUUAAUCAAAGAAAAAUUAAUUGCCAAGUAGUCUGUGAUUUCUUUCAACAAACAUGUCCUAAUUAUUUUGGAUAGGUUUUGAUGUCACUGAGCGAAAUUUUUAAGAAACAACUAGAUUACUGAAGAACUAUGUUCCUCUGUUCCUGCUCAUACUAAUUCUAUGAUUGGCAUUUCUGUUUAGCUCUUUGCCCACUGCCUAUAAAGUAGUUUUGGUCCACAGAUAAUGUGUGUUUGGAGGUAAGUUGAAAAUGGCAAGCAGUGUUCCGCAGCCCAUUGUACAAGACACUAAUUCGGAGGCUUAUUCGUUAAGCUGAGAUUUGUAACAAGGCAAUUGCAAAUAUUACACCACUUCAAUCAAGUUGGAAAAAUACAGCCAAAAAUUUGGACCACUCAUGUCAGUUCUCUACAGUUUAUGGUUUAUUGUAUGAACAUAGAUAUGUAUACAGGAAGAGUUGGGGUGAAAGCGAGAGGAUACAUUAUACUUCGAUUAAAUGUAAAUAUACAGUGGAAAGGAGAAAGAUGAACUAAAACAGAUAAAGGUGUAAGAAUUAAUUUGGACCAGGAUAAGCUUCCAUAUUUGUAUUGUAUUAGUGUGUCCUUUCAAAGUACCAAUGUUUUGGUCAUUUCUUUCCCCAAAUCAAUCUCUUGUGCAAUUCUAAUGUGUAAAAACAGUAGUUGAUAAGGAUUAUCUAAUACUUUGAGGUAUUUAACGUUAGUAGUUAGUAGUAAUGUAUUCCUCGAAUAGCAAGUGAAUUCCCUAAUUGGACCCAUUUUAGUUUGUUGACUGAGCUCACAUUAAAUAUAUGUGCUAUUUUGUGCAUACGAAAUUUGCAUGUGCAUUUUAAUUACUGUUUAACACAGCAGCGCAAUUAUAUUCAAUAUCAUAUUUUUUGAUGGUUAAGGCACAAGUAAACAUUUGUUCACUCACUGUUUCCUUUUCCAGUUAUUUUAGAUGUGGCUGUGCAGGGCAAUUGCGGCCUCUUGAGUUUAGCUCCACUGAGCUAAACAAACCAGGAAGUGGCAGGACUGGUUGUCUGACUGACAGCCGGGAGGGGUGUAACAAGAUUAAUGUCAAUGUGUUAAUUUAUAUUGAAAUUUGCUCUUUCUGUAAAAUGAAAAAAUGAGGACACACCACACAUAAAGCAUUAUAGUAAUAUAAAGUGCUUUAGGUGGGCCGGAGUGUCCCUUUAAAUGCCAUGACCAUAGAGAUGUAAACUGUGCCUAUUCUAGUAAGUGAAUUUAUAUUUUACAAUAUGAACAUAGAUCAACCAAGAAUGCAAUGCAGGUAGAAUUCCUACUGUACAUACCAGGAAUAAAACCGUAUAUAACAAAAUGCUUUUGAACUUCAAAACUUGUGCAGGUGGAUUUUUUGGUUGGUUACUCUUUGUUUACCUUAUGUUUGCAACACAGCUUUUUUUUUUUACACCUGAGACUCCUGGUAAGCACUUUCAAAAUCUUGUAAAAUGAAUUUAUGGUGUGUCAGGCUUAGAGGGAAACUCUUAUACUUCUGCUAAAUGCAGCUACAACCAACCGUCAAUCAAUCAGGAAGACUGAUCACUUAUAGCAUGUGUGCAUAUGACGUGCGGUAUGUAUGACUGGUCACAAGCUUUUGCUGAUGACAUUGUUAGUACAAUUCAUAGAUUGUAGACUAGAUAUUACUUGCUUGCAGAAGAUUGGAACAUCCCCGUAUUGGUGGAAGAGAAGCCCAUGUUAUAUAGUUGUCUUAGGGUGAGUUGUGUAACAGAUCCGCUGUCCCGAUGUGUGUUACAAUGAGGAUAAAAACAGUUGAUUUGCACAGUAUUGGUACUAAAAAUAAACUAUUUUCCUUGAUCGAGAGAUUUGUAUCUUAGUAAUUUGUAAAAGACUAGAGGUAAGCAACCUUCAGUACUCCAGAUGUUGUAGACUACCCUGGUGCUUUGCCCGCAAUAUGGUUGUAAGAGUAUUUUGGGAGAUCCAUAAUACAUGGAGUGCCGAAGGUUGCCUACCCCUGGACUAGUAUAAAACAUGAUGAACAACUAAAUAAUUUAAAUAUGUUAUGUACUGAUCUAAUAAUUAAUCAGGUCUGUCUCCUACUUUAACCUGUUCUAUGAUUUCUACAGCUUCUCCAUGGUAUCAGACGCUUAUACGGAGAGCAUCUUUAUGGAGCCCAUCCACCUCUCGUCAUCGGUGGCUGCUAAGCAGAUUAUCAAUGAAGGUAACCCAUUUAAUUUAGAUACAUUCUCCUACUACACACCUGUGUUCAUACACCUGUGCCCAUUGGUGCUUUCCUUCUUUUGACGUUAAAAGGUCUUUAAUGUCUUAACAUAAGAUGAGUGGGAGACAUUUAAAAACUAUGGGAUAUGCUUCUUGCAUUUUACUGCUGUAAGAAGCCACGGAUUGCAGAGAAAUGAAAGCAGGGCUACCUAAGAGGAAACCAUGUACACUUAUGGUUUCUUGAGGUCCGUUCACCGAAGAGCAAGAUGUCAUCAGAUGAUCAUUGACUGCAACAAUUAGAUAAAUACAUUUCAUAUUUAAAUGAACUGCGUAUUUUAUUUAACUCCAACUGAUUAGGUAAAAAAAGUCAUGCGUCAACUCAUUGUCAAUGUCAAUCCUUUUUUGUGACUCGAUUCCUUAAUAUUUUCAUCCAAUCAGAAUGCAUUAAAAUUAUUUUCACUGAACAGUAAAUAUGUAGAUUAGCGUAAUAAAGACAUUCACAGAUUUCCUGAAGCUUUAAAAGUGAAAAAAAUGCAGGUUGAAUAAUUAUCAUUCACAUUAGAAUGUCUCCAAAUGUGCUGUUUUAAAAAUACUUAACUACUUCUAAUGCUGUCUGAAUACCCCAAACCCUAUCCUCUGUAUUGGAUAAAUGUCCCUUAUUCCAAACGCAUAUUUAACAACAAGUAAUCUCUUCGGUAUUCUGAAAUUUGUUUUCAAAAGGAUUCUUCCUGAGAAAGUCUGGGUUCAUACUCAAGGUCAAAGAAUGAUGUCGCUUCACAUUUCUUGACAAUAACCAGUUUGGGCCUCAAUUUGCGGGCAUAUUAUGGAUAAUUGUGAGCUGGAAGCAUUAAUUGUGACGUGUUACAUCUCUGCAGACCAAGGACCCGGUGAAGGACCUGGUGAAUAAAAAGGAAGUAACCUUGACAGUAUGACAGUGUAAUAAAUUAACUGGUAGAAAUGCCCCGUGCAGAUGACUUGUUGAAGAGACAAAUUGGGAAGGACAAGUCUUGUUGUCAAUGCAGCUGGACAGAAGAAGAGAACUUUUAACUUUUUUUAAUCUCAAUCCACAAGCGUGGGAUAUAUAUACAUACAUGACGCAAUGCUCAUAGAAAAACACAUGAUAGCAUAGAAAUAGAUUGCACACAUUUUAAGUGGACUGAGGGUUUUUUGUGUUAUAAGGAUAUAUGUUAUAACUCGAAUAAGCUUAAGAAGGAAGACAACGUAGUAUGCUCGGAUAUUAACAAUAAAGUUGAACAACAAUAAUUAGAACUGGACCAAUAUAACAGGAGCAAAUAAACAUAUGUAAAUGCAAAGUGACACAAGGCAGAAAACUCGUGGCCUAAGUAGCCGUGUUGCAGUGAUUUGUCCCUAUAGCAGUAGGGAGAAUAGGCCAGAUGCCUGUGACAGUGUCCUGAUCUUUGAGCUGAGAUCAGCCAGUCCCAUCUGAGUGCCAAGAAAAGUCCCACGGUCCACUGACCAGCCAGACCACCCUGGAAUCAGGUACACACCAGCGCUCCAACUGAAAUAGACUCAGGCUCCAUCCAUUCCCCGCUACCUCCAGGCACUGCACUAUUGAGUAGAAACAAGGCCUCCACAAUGCAGCAAGUUCCACCACUGUGCAGGACCCAAACUUGCGGUAGGGACGUUUUUUGUAAUGGACUGCGUGCUCUCCUCGUGGGUAUGGAAGCAGAGGGUAGUGUCUGCUGAUGGUUGCUUUACCCACUGCGGCGGGUUCUUGAUGUGUUCUUGAUCCUUAAUCACGAUAGGCUGCGGUCAGCAGUUUAGUUUUAACCAAAAAAGCGGUGAACACCUCGUCCAACCGAGCCAUAAUUGGAGACACUAAGCCUUGGGUGUCGGAGAAGCAUGUAGCAUUAUGGAUGUCACAUCAGACAAUGUUUCACUCAGCUGUUGAGGGCCUCAGUGGCACUGACGAUAUGUAGGUCGAGGAUAAGCGAAGGUUAGUGUACCAGAAUAACCCUUACCGGCAGUCGGAGAAAUGGGACUCUGUUCUGACUCGAAAAUGGGGGCAAGAUCGGCUGCCUCUCCCUCAACCCAGAUAAACAGAGUAUCUCUAAAACACUUAGUCAGUGAACCAAUAUAAAGGGUGUCCCUUAAAAUUGAAGUACCCAAUGUCUCCAGGAAUGGCAAAUUGCAGAAUUAUUUCAUGGAGCUCAAUUAAGAUGCUAAAAAUCUUUUAACUAUUUGAAAAGCAGAGAGAAAGCCAUUUACUUAAUUCUAGAAACCUUAGAGUUAAAAUUAGGUUUUCUAUAUUCCUACAAAGGGUUAGAAUAAAUCCAGGGUUUUUAUUUGGAAAUCACCCUAUUACAAGAGAAUAAACACAUUCAAAAGAUCAUCCCGAAACAUGUGGAAGACUUUUUGAUUUUUUCUGAACAUCAUAAUAAAUUGACCAGAUGCAAUUUAUUGAUGAAAAGACACCAAGAAGAAAAAUCCAUAGGUUUAUUAACUAAACCGUAAACCUUUUGGAAUGAACUAUGGAGUUGCUACAUUUGUGCCCUAAUAGCGGAACUGGUAACACAUAUGAAUUGGAGAUAUUUGUUUCGAAAUUCAGCUAUUUUGGUCUAAAUGGUGUAAAUUCUCUAGAGCCGUGGUUCCCAAACCAGUCCUUAUGGCCCACCAACAAUCCAGGAUUUUUGUAUUUCCCUUUUUUAUUCAAGUGGAGAAACUGACAAAACCUGGACAGUUGGUGGGUCGGGAGGACUGGUUUGGUAAACACUGUUAUAGUGAAUUCAAGAUAAUUCAUGGCUCAGUGUAUGACAUCAUAAUAUCACUAAUGUCAUACCGAUAAGAUCACCAUUUACCUCUUCUGUAAUAAUGCUCUAGAGCAGGCUCUAAUAUAAUAUGAUUAAAUAAAAUAUAAUAUAAAAUAAUAUAUAAGCCUUUUCUCCUGAUGCAUAUUUUCAAAAAUAUAUUCUACAGCUGAUGCAUGUUUUAUAGCACCACACUAUCUACACAUUAAUAUAUUAUAUGUUUCUAUUCAUUAUAAAACACGAUAAGUGCUUAUCACAUUUUUUUUUAAUUGUUAUAUUCACUAAACAGGAAAAUUAUUGUAGACUGAAAAUAUAAUAUAAAGUCUAAUCAAGCAAGAUAUAUAUGGGAAUUGGAAAAGAUUUUGGUUAUUUUGGUGUGAUUUUAGCAAAUAAGUUGUUAUUUUUAUUUUAUUUUUUUUAUUUCCUAAAAUUCAUUGAUGUGUGAAUUUGCUAUUAAAUGUGUAAAGUAACAGUACAAGAGCAGAAAUCUUGAAAAAAAAAUAAAAAUCCUUAUUAUCAUGUUCAUACUUGUAUUUAUAAAACAAUGUUCUUUAAUUUAAUUUUAUAUACAUGGCAAUGUAUAUCACAUUUUAUAAUUGGUGUAAACAUUAUUAAAGGAGCACUCCAAGUAGGAGUGCCCUGGUGCCCUCCCAGAAUAAGUAAUCAAACUGGAAACUUACCUGGGGCAAAUCAGGUCCAUUUGAAGCAUUUACAUGGAGGUGGUCAUUGGCUGAGAGCAGGGCAUAGUUCAGUAGAACUAAUGGAAGCUUCUUGCUUAAGCUUCCAGCUACACAGGAGAUGGUGGUGAGUGCCCAGCAGAUCCCAGGUAGAUUGUCAAAUGGUUUGACUGCUAACACAGGGAGGGCCCAGGACACUCCUGGCACCAAAACUACUACAGUGGGUUUCAGAGAUUACGGUGUUUGGAGUGUUCCUUUCAACAUUACUGGGUAGGUGCUAACUCCUUGAACUGCCAGUUAGACUCGUUCAUGUUGAGUUCACUAAUAGUUCCUGAUGCUGGGGCAAGUUUUGCCAAUCUCUAGGUAGGCAUGAAACUCCACCUUAAAGUGAUGUCAAUGCAUAAUUCCAGGUAACAUAGUUCAUUGCACGUAGCUUGUCCCAAGCACAAGAGCGAGUCAUGCCUGUUGCAUGAGUUCCAGCUUUACUUCCUUGAUGGUGACCCUAAAUCUUAGUACCACACAUGAUUGGCAGAGUGGCAUGCAAAGGAGCAAGGAAAGAGAUCAAUAAUGACAGUGUGGAUCUCCUGCUCCCUCCUGCUAGACAGACAAAAAUAAAUAAAAAAAUAACUUACAUUUAUGACAUUGAAUUCCUUCUGGAUGAGUCAGGAUGGCAAUGUUUUUGAAUAGACAUUGGAAAAAGCUUUGCAGUUUAUUAUCGUACAUUUAUUUAUGUAUGGACAAUCUGUGUGAUCUCCCAGAGCCUCUAACUAUUGGUGACCUUCUGUCCUAGAGUUGAAACACAAAGAGGUCAAAGUGGACACCGUAUGUCCGCGGAUGUUGGAGUCGGCAGAGCAGCUGCUUGUGGAGGACCUAUACAACCGUGUGAAGGAGAAGAUCGAUGACCGAAGUUUGUUCAACACUCCCUGUGUGUUGGACCUGCAGAGAGAGCUUCUUAAAGACCAUCUGGAAUCACCACUGAACUGUGUAGACGAAGUCUGGCCCAAUGUUUUCAUUGCUGAAAAGUGAGUUAUAACAAUUAACUGUGCCAGAGUAGAAUAAGGUUAUUUAAAGUUUAACAUUUUAUUUGCAUUAAUGCUGCUGUAAGUAGUCGAAGGGGUGCUUACACUUUAUGGCAAUGUUGAGGCACUAAGGACCUUCUUUUAUAGUGAGCAGGUGGGUUGUUUUUCUUUGUUUUGUUUGUACAUUGUGGCUGAAUCCUGUAGUACAAGCUGAGUAGUCUGAGACCAUGGCUAAUAUACGGUUAAUGUAAACUUCCAGCAGAAUAAUAUAAACAGAGAUUUAAAUGAUAUUUAACUAUGCUAAGUGCUAAACACCAGGCAGCGUGCAAUAUCUUUCUAUAUUAAAGGGCAAGCAGUCAGUUUUCACUCCCUCCUGUGCUCUGUGAAUAUUGUCCUUUUUGUAUGUUCAGUGUCUAGACCAUUGUCAGCAGCUUAAUUUGUACAGCGUAAGGUUAGUGCGUUAGUUUAAUCACUGUGUUCUGUUUAUUCGCUGUUCUAGGAGUGUUGCGGUCAAUAAAGGGCGUUUAAAGAGGAUGGGUAUAACUCAUGUCCUGAAUGCGGGACAUAAUACCACCGUUUUCACAGGACCUGAAUUCUACUCUGGCACCGAGAUCCAGUACAUGGGUGUAGAAGUUGACGAUUUCCCCGAUUCAGACAUCUCAAAGUUCUUAAGACCGGCUGCUGAGUUCCUUGACGAAGCUCUUCUCACAUACAGAGGUAGUAACAUGUACUGUGUGAGUGCCAGAGGUUGUUUAUGUGCUGUGCAGACAAGUAUUGCUCAAAUUAUACACAGAGAUAUUAGUAUAUAUGAAAAAAGAAUCCGUUUCCUUAAUAUUAUUUGCCAACAAGUGCAACAGCUCUGUACAAUAGGGUUAAGUAAAAAUUCUUAAAUAGCGUUGUAAACAAAAUAGCAGAAAUGAAAGGUAAUGAGGGCCCACUGGCAAGAAUGCGUGUCUAACCAUUAAACAAUGUAUUGUGCAUUGAGAACUUACUUUACAAACUUCAGGCCCAAACAAAGGGCAGAAAAUGUACCCAUUUGACCUGAUAUAUAUAUAUAUUUUUUUUAUUACGUCACUUCUGUUAAUUGGCAACUUAUUACACUGUGCUGUUUAGCAAACUAGUCUGCUUAGUCCGGCAAUAACCAGACAAAGCCCUUGUGCUUCUAAGAUCCUUUUUAUCAAAACGAUUUAGGGCAAACUUUUAAAAAUGGAGGAGUACCGUGGAAACAUUGGAAUGUUCCGAUUAUUUGCUCCACUUUUUAAAUAUUGCUGCCGUAUUAUCCUUUACACAUAACCAACAAUGUGCCCAGAAUGCCACAACCACAUUCACAGAGAUUCAACAUAAUGAGACAAGACCCCCAGGCAACAAUGUCAAAAUAAUUGUUGUUUAAUUUUUUUAUUUAGAAAGUAUUUUACAAUAAAAAUUACAUUGAGAAUUAUUUACGUUUUAUCUGUAUCUUGGGACAAAUAACAGCAACAAAACCUGCAAACAGAAAUCAGAUCUUUACUCCGUAUCCUUGCAAUAUAAAAAACAAAGAAAAACCCAAACCGUACGUUAUCUAUUGUAGCUUCCACAUUCGUAUCAUGUAUCGUCUUACUUUUAGAUUUACAUUUCAGUUACAAAGUCCCCUUUUACCCUCUCCCUAAAGCAGAACUCAGAACGCACGCAUUAACUUUUAUAUUCUAAAUACAUAACAAAAUGGACAUUGGCCCCUUCUCCUCCAGCAGGGCCUCACUGCUCGGAUUUUGGAUUAAAAUAAACUACUGGUCUUUGACAAACCUGGAGCUCUGUGUCGAUGAAUCACACUGGGGUUUAUUUUCAGACUUACAAUAACAAUGGAUAAAAAUAACAGUGAAUAUAAUAAUACCGUUUUGAGAAACUGCUGGUUUUGGUUUUCCCCAAAUAGUUAGAAUUAAUGUCUUAGCUGUGCCUCAUACAAUAAGGCAAACAUAACGCUGCUUACUGUGCAACCUUCCCGAAAAUAGCUCUCUGGAUGUAAAGGAACAUUGACUGAUACAAUGUUUGUGUCCAAUGGGAUAAACCGCUCUCGACAUAUACGUGUUAACAAGAAACGAAACACCUACAAAAUAAAUCACAAAACAUUUUAUACUAAAAAAGAAAUAAAUGCUGAGCUGAUACGGUGGCUGUAUCAUUGACAAUGAAAUGACAGCUUGUUACAAAUAAAGCAAGUUAAUUUAUAAGCCAAUCUACUUGUCACGAGCGUGGGCUAUAGGCCCAGCCCAAACAGUGGGGAGAGUGUGGAAGUGACAGGGUUAAUGACACCAGACCCCUGGUUACCUGUUGCUAGUCCCAGCAACCACUCAAUUAACCCCUGCAAUCCCUUCUACACUAAUCCCCUAGUACACACUUUACUGCCACCACCAAGAUUUUUAAACCUGGGCGUCUUAGGUUACCCCACACACAGGAGAAUUAUAGUAUCACAGUUCUACUUUUACUGAUAAAACAUAUAUAGUUAACCCUUUUUGGUAACGUGUUUACCUGAGCUUUCCUCUGGAGAGUGAAGUUCAUAGAGAACAGAGGCACAAGCUGAUUAAGUAAACAUUUAAUCUGACAAAAAGGAUUCACAGUGCUGAGUACAAAAUACAGAAAUAAAUGACAUACAGAUAACAAAUUGCAAAACAGUACAUAAAAUAAAAUAGGAGAAAACACAAGAAAUUCCUUACAUGUAGUUACCCCAUAUAGAAUUCUUGUGGGAGUCUUAGAUGGUACAGGUCUCCUAGAAGUUGCUGACAAAAGAAAAAAUGAAGAACUCCCUGGAUAGCCCAGCACCCUCAUUAUAUAUCUAACCUAGUUGUUGCUCAGUGGGCAGACCCCUGGGGGGGGAUCAGUGGGGGUUGGUCUGGUGGUUUAUUGCCCACUCUAUGCAGUUCCUUGUGUCCAGCUCUGGUGAUGGCUAUCUAGAUGUUUUAUGGUCUAGGCCUGGUGCAAGAUCAAAGACCACAAUAAAUGUCAUCACAAGGUUUACAAAGAAACAACUCAACAUAUCUCAACACACAUCAAACACCAACUCAUGCUUUUGGCAUGACACUACUAUCAAUAGAACUUUCAGACAAGCAUCAAGUUUGCGUAUCUACGAUCUGUCUGCUGAUCUAAUCUUACAUACAAAUUCUGCUUAUUUUUGUAAUACGUUUAUUUUGUUUUGCGAUAGGAUAAUAAACUCUUUGGUUCGCCUGUAGUAUAAAUACAGUUAAUAAGAGUACAGCUGACCGAUAGAUUGUGUUUUCCAAAUUACUGGAAAAUUCAUAAAUCUUUUAUUUUUUGUUUAUGGUCUUUAUGAUGGUAGCGCAGAGGUAAAAGUGACUACUGUUAUUUAACGAGCUUUGAAAAGGAGCUCUUACUUCCUCUGACUUUUAAUAUUAUGUUUACUUCUCACUAUAUUUAGCAAAUACCUGUUUGUGUGGUCUUGAAAAUAAAAUUAAAAGUAGUAAUCCACACCUCUGAAUUUACCUUUAUCCUGAAACUGGCCGCCUCCAUCUUGGCUUACUGUAAUUUAUUGUUAUAAAUAUAUAAAUAUUUCCCCUUUCUGCUAUUGAACACAGUUAAUGGAGAAAGCGAUACAAUGUUUCUGUUCUCUUUUUCAUUUGCAUUGUGUGCCAUGACCGUGCCAGCAUUAAUCUGGAUUGUCAUUUCCUAAAUCUUUAUGACACAUAACGUAGUAUGCUAAUGCAAGUGAUAGAUGAUUUUCAAUAUUUCAUUUGAUGGUGUAGUUUCUGGAGAAGUGAUGGUUUCCCUUUAAGGGGUAUUAUGCUUGUCUAUGUAUUUAUGGUGGGGAGAGGGAGCUAACCCUAAUGAUUUUGUUACCUAUUCAAGAUUUUAUCCUGUGCCAUUGAGGUCAGCUGUCUAGACAUGUGACACCUCAUUUGAAAUUAAAACUAUUUUAGUGGUAUACUGGAAUUCUAACAGCACAAAUAUAUGCUGUGAAAUGACUGACAUGAGCCUAGAAGCAGCUGCUGUAGAUUAUUGUAGUUGCUGUGAUAAUUUAUCUGGUUCGUUCAUGCGAGCGGUGCAUUGCACCACUGCCCUGUGUUGCUGCAAGGGUGGAAUAAAAAAAUUCUGCCUUUCCAAGCUCUGCAAGGGAGCCUGAGGAUGGAGCUUUGCUUCACUCAGCCUGGAGUCUUUUAAAGAGCCAUACAGAACCCAUAGAACCGGGCCAGACCACUCUCACUUCUCAGACGCCUUCAGUUUAACUGCCAUGGGUGGAUGGGGGUUUAACUGAUGUUUAAUAUUUUUUAAGUGAGUAAUCUGGAAGCAAUAACAAAUUCUGGUACGGGUGUUACAUAGUAAGGUUAAGGAUUAAGCAAAAGGCAUUAUGGUUGGAAUAAAGUAUUUAGCAACUCCCAUCAAUUAUAGACAGGCCAGAGCAACAUCGUUUGCAGGGUUAUUUGCUAAACUGAGAAUUCCAAGUGGAUUUCACAUUUAAGGCCAAAAUAGUUAAAUUGGAAAAACUCAGAAGUCAGCUAUACUCGAGGUUCCACUACUUUGGCCUGAAAUGUGAAAUUUACUGUCACUCACGGAGGAGGCUUUGUCUCCUGGGAGUGAUGCAGUCUGUUCCGAAGUACCAUAAUGCCCGGGCACCCUGACAGCUGCAUCUCUCUGGAUAAUUUUUUAUCUGUCAUUUGUGACAGUGACAGACACAAAAACGGCACCCUGUGCCUGAAACCCACGGUCACUUACUUAGCACACUACACAGAGCCUCCAUUUUGGGAAAUUCGAGAGACACGCUUCCCCCCGAGCUCGCCUGUAGCAUAAGUAUUUAGUUUGUUCGUGCAGAAUACACCUGGAAGCGAAACUGGUUAAAAAUCAACAAAAUACAAAUAUUCCCGCUCUGGCUUCUAAACCCUGGGAUAUAAAAUAUCUGACAUUAAAUCACAUUGGAAAUAUAGUGCCUUGCUCUGCAGAACUUACUGUCUAGAUCUGCAAAGAAAGUGUUUCUAAGGCUAAUUCAUAUCUCCCAGCGUCGAAAGUAUGAACUCAUAUCUUCCUCUGACCCUCUUUUCUCUCCUAAUGUUCCUUUUUUCUAAGAGCUCCAUUCUAUUGGUGUGUCUGAGUGUAUAACAGAGCUCCACAGUAAUAAUACUCCCAGUGAUGUGUCUGAGUGUAUAACAGAGCUCCACAACAAUAAUACUCCCAGUAUUGUGUCUGAGUGUAUAACAGAGCUCCACAGCAAUAAUACUCCCAGUAAUGUGUCUGAGUGUAUAACAGAGCUUCACAACAAUAAUACUCCCAGUAAUGUGUCUGAGUAUAUAACAGAGUUCCACAGUAAUAAUACUCCCAGUAAGAUUUCUGAGUGUAUAACAGAGCUCCACAGCAAUAAUACUCCCAGUAAUGUGUCUGUGUAACAGAGCUCCACAGCAACAAUACUCCCAGUAAUGUGUCUGAGUGUAUAACAGAGCUCCACAGCAAUAAUACUCCCAGUAAUGUGUCUGAGUGUAUAACAGAGUUCCACAGUAAUAAUACUCCCAGUAAUGUGUCUGAGUGUAUAACAGAGCUCCACAGCAAUAAUACUCCCAGUAAUGUGUCUGAGUGUAUAACAGAGUUCCACAGCAAUAAUACUCCCAGUAAUGUGUCUGAGUGUAUAACAGAGCCCCACAGCAAUAAUACUCCCAGUAAUGUGUCUGAGUAUAUAACAGAGUUCCACAGCAAUAAUACUCCCAGUAAUGUGUCUGAGUGUAUAACAGAGCUCCACAGCAAUAAUACUCGCAGUAAUGCGUCUGAGUAUAUAACAGAGCUCCACAGCAAUAGUACUCCCAGUAAUGUGUCUUUAAACUACAAUAAAUGUGUCUAGUAAUUAGUCUGUGUAAUAAGAUACAUUGUUCUUGUUAUAAAUUACAUUUCAGUUGCAUAUAUUGUUAGGAAUUUCCCUAGAAUUUCUCAGAACAAUCCGCCCCUGGCCACACUCCGUAAAUGAAAUAGUCCGUCUCUCUGUUUUAAAAUGUUGGGAGUUAUGUGAAGGAGCGGUGGAAGGCAGCCCUCUGAUGUCAAAGUCAUGUUGCUAGGCAAACUAACAUUAUUUUUAAUGCAUUUAAUAGAGAAAAACUUUGCAGGUUUUUUGUUUUUUUAAUAUACUUCAUUUUCUGUAUUUAUUCCUAGAGACGUCUUUAUAAAAGUCUCCUGGUCAGCCUCGCUGGCUUCACAAAAUACCAUUAUAAAGCUCAGUUCACACCGAGGACUUUUUUCCUGGGCAUCGUGGUUCUCAAUGGACGCUAUUUAUCAAAGUUUAACAGCAGCUAAACCAAGGGACACACAGUUAGACACAUUACUGUAGAUUUAUUAAAAAAGAAAGAAAGAAUAAUUGACUGUGUGCUAUUAGAAAGGAAUUAUUCUUGUAUUCAGGGAACGGCUGGGGCAACUUCAAUACAAGUUUCAUUAAUUUAUUUCACAAAUCACAUAUACUGUACGAUUUGCAACACACAGGACAAUCACAUCAUAAAGUCAAACAACUUGCAGUAUUUUUUCACUAGAUUGAAACAUUAUAUCCUAACUAUAGGUUGCAUUAUGUAUCGACCUUAUAAGUCCAUGUUGUUAUUUUAUUAAACUGUAACAUUUUCGGAAGUGUUGUAUAACUGAAGAGGGCAUGUGUUUAGGGGUCUAUUCUUUAACCCCUUAAGGACCAAACUUCUGGAAUAAAAGGGAAUCAUGACAUGUCACACAUGUCACGUGUCCUUAAGGGGUUAAACAGUAAAUGGGGAUGGACCUAAAACUGGAAUUACGAAAUUUAAGCAAAGUAGAUUUUUUUUUUUUUUUUUUAAUCUCCAACUUUAGUACAUUCGCAAUUGGCUCUCACGUCUUAAAUUUAACAGAUUAGCUUUUUCAUUCACCAAAACUUACAUUUUAGAGAAUCAAUCUAUAUUUAGGGAUUGGGUGACUCUGCUUUGUAGAAAGUAGGCACCAGAGGGGCUGUGAUGGAUAGAAGCAGUCAGGUAAACAUAUUGGAGUUAGUUUAAAAAAUAGAAAAAGAAAUUAGGCCCGCCGUUGCUAAACAUGAAUUGAGCUGAGUGGAGUUAUUGCAAAAGCUGUGGAGCAGACAGUGAAUUUAUGGAGAGUUUUCUCUCAAACUGGAUAAAAAUGUACUGUGCCUCACAAUAUCUGAACACGUUGUCCUUCAAUGUGUGAUUAAAGCAUAAAGCCUAACUAGUCAUUUAACUGGAGUGUUGGCCAGAAAGGGGAAAACUCUGCAGACUUACAAGCAAACAGGAAAUUCAAAAUUUCUCAUUAUAACAACAGAGCUUCUGGUCUGCACCUGCUAUCGCAGAGUGCAGAUUGCAGCCAAUGCUCCCUCAUUUACAGUGAAUGAGUCAAUGAGGGGCAUUGUAUUGGAAAGAUAAUUGGCCUGCACCCACUGGAGGUACAGACCACAAGCUCCGUCCACUGGACUAUGAGGAAGCAACUUUUCUCUCCUCCUUGAGAGGUAAGAGGUAGAGAGUGGCAGGGCAAAAACAAUUUUUUUCAACUUUAAAUAGAAAAUUACAAAAUGUCACUGAAAAUACAAAAACCUGUAAUAGAUUCAAGUUUACACACAGCCAUCACACACAAAACAUACACACAGCAUUGCACAAAAAGAUACAAUACAUACACAGCUUAUUACAAACACACGAUCUACACACACACACACACCAAACACAGUUUUCCCAUACAAGGAACAUACACAGCCCACAACACACACACAGCUUCCUCAUACACACAACACAGAAAGCCAAAAUAAAAGCCUUGUUAGUAGAAAUCUAGCACAUUUGCUCAAGUUUUGAAUAUUUCAAAAGGUCAAUGUGAUGUUGUAUUCUUUACCCCUUUUUGCUUUUUAAACAUUCUCAGGGUUAUUCAAGUGAAAAUUAAAAGUGAAUUUCAAAUUUAGGUAAACAUAGCUGAACUGAAAAAAGUCAGCUAAACGUUCAGUUUGGCUACUCUUUUUGGUCAACACUUCAGAUACGUAAGCCAUAGAACAUACAUAGCAAAUAGGACAAAGAGGAAAAACCAUAUAAAAAGGUUUAUAUAAGGAGCUAAAGGUUACUUUAACAACCCAAAGUGUGAUACAGUGUUACGUAUGAAAGAAGCUUAGAUGAAGAGAGGGGAAGGGAAGAAUAUGGGGACCUUCUAUACAACACGUCAGUCAGCCUCGGGGAAUUCCAACUGUCUGAGAGGAAGGUCCUUCACCCGAGUCGGUUUAUGCUGCAGCCACAAAAAUGCCCAUAUUUAACGUAUGAACUCUGUCAGUGAGGUCGAACCAUGUUAAGAUAUGUAUACGAGGGAUAAUGAUUGAUAUUGACAAUAUUUUAGUUCUUCUAUGGGUUAUUAACUAAAGUCCAAAUGUCCCUGUCUUGAAAGGGGGAAAACCAUCUGGCUGUAUACGGGGCCAUUCGGACUGCAAAGUCUAGACAUUGCUUAUGCAAUACAACAGUGUCCAGAUUUUGGAAUUCAGGCCCCAACGUCUGACAUCCGAAAAUGGACGACACUGGAUGGCUGAAAUGAAGACUGAAUGCUUCAAAUUCGGGCCCAGAUUUAUAAACAUCCAAACUAUUUGCAAGCUGGUAGUGGAAGCAGGCGGAAGAAACCCUUGGCAAUAGUUAAAAACUCUGUUCUCCCACCAGCCAGUAUCAGGUGGUGGACAUUAAAAUGAAUAAUUAGAGGUGGACAGAUUACCCAAGGGCAGAAGGUGGAGGCUCUAAAUAGUUACACAAUGGGGGUGGGGUGGACAAAUAGUGGCUUGUGCACCCCCCUUCAAAAUAAAAUCCAUAAUUCCCAAUGCAACUAAUGACAUAAAAAUAUAAAUUAAAAAAAUCAAUUUGCAAAAAUAAAAAAAGGAGAAAAUAUACCCCCAAAAAACAAUAAAAUUAAUCUAUCUUUGCCCUGCGAGAGCUUGUUGCAGAUUGAGCUCUCAUAGAGGAGAAAGACCUUAUAAUGGCUUUUCCAUUGUGUGUCAGCUAUUGCAUCGCAUCAGUAAAAGCACUCUCGUUGCUUGACUUGUAACCCAGCAAACCAGAGAGCUCUGACAGCCAAGUUUUGAGAGAAGUCUCACUUGAGAGUCCAUGGCACGCUUACUAAGGGUGAAUAUCUAAUUACCAGCACCUCUCAUCAACGGCUAGUUGUGAUAAUUUUGGGCCCCUUGAACCCAAUAUGUUGCCCAAAACUGAUUUAGGGGAUAACUGAAAUGUACAAAUUAAAUGAACGGGAAAUACUGACCACAAGUAGAGCAUUAUUUUUCUUGAGACUAUGGAUUUACUUCAACUAUAUUCAACAUUCAAAACAAUAACUGUCUUCAUUAUUUUCUUGCAGGUAAAGUUUUAGUCAACAGUGAAAUGGGUAGCAGUAGAUCAGCGAUCCUGGUUGCUGCAUAUUUGAUGAUUUUCCAUCACAUGACAAUCUUGGAAGCUCUGAUGACGAUACGCAAAAAAAGGGCCAUAUAUCCUAAUGAUGGAUUUAUUAUGCAGCUACGUGUACUUAAUGAGGUGCUGUUAGAGGAGCGAGAAUAUUCAGAUGAUGCUAGCAGUCAAAGCUCUGUGGUCCAAGCCAAAGCUCAUUCUAUAAUAGUGGAAGAAGAAGAUGCGGAAAGCACAAUGGGAGCCAAAGUACACUCUAUUAUUGUUGAGGAGGAAGACACCACAAGUGUGAUGGGAAGUGCCAUGAGUCUAAUGGAAAAGUCGAGUGUGGUGUCUAAACAGCCAACCCUUAUUGAUGAAGAUGAGGAGGAGAAGUUAUAUGAAGAAUGGAGAAAAAAACAGGGACUCCCCCCAAGAGAAGUACCAAAAAAGGUAAAUCAACAAGGGCUAGCUUUUCCCGAAGAAGGAAAUGUAAGCAAUGAUUAUGUGGAGCAGAGGAUACAUGACUGGCAGCGCCAGACUGCAAAGUAUCAACCAACAGGACUUGAAGAUGAUGCAAAUUCCCUGAUAGGAGGGGGAAGGUACACACCAAGUGAGAUAAGCGACAUGGAGAGUGUGACCUCCGAAGAUAUUCGACUUCUCAAACAGCAACUCGAAUUGAGUGAAAUCAACAGAACGAGCAGAGGUCGUUCUGAUUCAGUAUGUACAGAUAGCACGUGGGACAUGUGGAAUACGAGGCUUCAGGAAAUUGAAAAGGAAGCUAAAGAGAAGUCUGAACAAAAAACAAAAAAUGAAAACAAAGAUAUAGAUGAGGAAAGUGUUUUGUCCGAAACUGGUUCUUUGUUCAACUUUUGCAAGAAGAACAAGCACAAACUUACUGCACUAGAAAGAUGGAAAGUCAAGAGAAUCCAGUUUGGAUUCCAUAAAAAGGACUCAGAGACUUCUGAUAAUCAAAAUAAAGUUGCAAAUUCUGAGCAAACGGAAGCUGAAGGUUCUAGUAAGUCUGAUAUUGAUCUAACAGCUUACCAGUCAUGGAAGAUCAAGCAGCAAAAGAAAAUAGGCAAUGAAAACAAAGACGAAAUUGUCGAACUUACAAAAGGUGAAGACAGUGCUGCAGUAAAGAGAAGGCAGAGGAGAGAGGAGAUAAUAGAACGUUCCAAACAGAACCUUGAAGAGAGCCAGUCUAUGUGUGGUUGGGAGACAGAAAGUGCACUUAGUGGAAGUAUCCCUCUUUCUGCAUUUUUCCAAAGUGCUCCUUCAGUCACUGGUGUUAACGAUGGAGCUUCUGUAUUGAGCAUGAAGAGCAAUGCAUCUAGAACAUCUAAGGCAAGAAGCACUGCCAGUCAAGUCAAUACACCUGCCACAUUGCCACAGAACAUGCCACCUGGACCGGUUGAUGCAAUUUCCAUAGCCAGCAUUCAGAAUUGGAUUACCAAUGUGGUUAGUGAAACCAUUGCACAAAAACAAAAUGAAAUAAUGAUGAUGUCUCGAGCACCUUCAGUUUUAAGCAUGGCAUCUGGAGAACAUGGACGAAGAGUAGAUGAUGAUAAGAUGUCAUUAAUUAGUGGGGCCGGGGGCUCUUGCUUAUCUGGUUCUUUAUUGAAGAAUCGGGAAUCUAAAGGUACUGAUUCAGUAAUGUCUUACAAUACAUCAUUAAGUUCAAACACGAACAUAUCAAGUGCAAAGAGAAAAAUUACACAGACAAGUGUCCCUCUUCAUAGUCUCUUUUUAGAUGAAGUUGAUUUGAAGAAGCUUAACCAGAAAGAAAGUGAACUUAGAGAGGAGCUAAGUGGAAAGUUAACUCGCUAUAGAAAAGAAAAAGUUGAAAGUGAUAAUAAGCGUAGCUACUUGUUUAAGAAAAAAAAGGCCAAAGAUAAUGGGGAGGAUGAAGAAAAACAAGAAAUUGUGUCAAACACAAACUUGAGAAGUUCUACAUCUUCGAAGAAUCGUGAAGUUACUUCCUACUCUAGUUAUUUAACAAAUGCCAACACUUCGACUUCUGAGUUGGAAAAAAAUAUAAGUAGAUGGCUUAGCGAGGUUAAAACUGAAGGGAGGACAACAUCACAGAAGGAGAACAUUUCUGAAAGCUAUUCAAGACGAUCUAAAGCCCAGAAAGAAGUAAAUACUGAAAUGAAUGGCUAUGGAUAUUCCAGUAACCUGUCAGAACAAGACAGUAAUUCAUUUUCAUCUUUCCAAAGUAACAAAGACACUGACAGAUCCAGGUCUAGAUUUUCAGUGUCAUCUGAGGAAGAGAGUUACCAUGGCAGAACUUCCAAGUUCAAUGAACAGGACCGAAAAAGCAGCCCUGACCCAAACUCUGGUGAAUAUUCGUGUGAGAGCAGUAAUUUAGAAAAUAAUAGUUUUGUACAGAAUAGGCCAGCUAGAAUGUAUCCCCAUGAGCCCUCUGGUGAUUCAGAUAACUCAGAUACAGGUGAUUUUGUCAGCAGAAGAAAUUUCAAAAAGUCUUCUGCCGGAUAUGAAGAUGCGGAGGUGGAACAAGAAAAUGACGGAGCUGAAAUGUCAUAUUCGGCCCAUCUCAGAGCUCGAUCCAAAGAGACAAAAGUGGCAGAAGAAGAAACGAAUGAUGACGAUAUUAUCGAAGCGUGGAGACGUCGACAAGAAGAAAAAAAGUCAAGACUUCGGAAACAUGAGGAAUAUGAUUAACACAUUUCUAAUCCUAUAAUAUAAAUCCAUGUUUAUGAGCCUUCUUAUGUGAAUUACAUAUCUCAAUAUAGCUUUUAUUAUGUUCAAAGAAAAGUAUUACAAAUAUUUUAAUAUAUUUUAAAAUGUUAUUUAUAUACUUUGGAUGAUGUUACCAAUCAAAUCCAAAAUAUCUCAUUUGAAGACUGGAUGUGUGUUUUUACUGAUAAUAAUGUAUCUACACACUCCAUGUCAAUUAAUUUAAAACCUGCAGUGCACUAUAGAAAAAAUGCCCAAGUGUCCGAGAGUGCCAAGAGCAUUGUAGAAUCAUGGCAUUUCCCUAAAAUGUUAGUGUGUUUUUAUUAUUGGUGCACUACUUACUGCCAUAAGUAAAUCAAUAGCGUUUAUUGAGGUGGGGUGUCUCUCUUUAUUGAUGUGGAAAUGUCUCUAUUCAAUAGUUGUGCUUAGUUCCAAGAACCCUUAAGAAGUAGUCCAUUUUUUAAUAUUCUAUCUACCGUAGCAUGUGUUUUAGAAUAGUAUAUAAAUUUUGUUUUUAAAUUAAUCCUUUUUUGUCCCUCUGUUUUUCCCCUUGUUUUUACUUUUUUUUUUUAAUUCAUCUUAGUUUUUUUUUAACUUAUACAUAAGUGAAAGUAGAGACUACUUUUUCUCAUGGGGAGUGUGAUCUCUAGCACGUUUUUGAAAACAGGCAGAACUUUAGCAAAGUUCCAUUUCAAUUGCUUCACUAAUUUUCCCCACAAUCCAUCAGUCAAAAGAAUUCCUUCAGAUGUGCAAACUUCGGAGAUCAGAGGAGAACAAAAUGGCAGCACGUAGGUUUAGAGAUCUAGCACAAAGAAGAUAAGAUAAUUAAUAUAAAUAAAGUAGCAAGGAAUGGAAUACAUUAAGAUAGAAAGGGUGUGGGGGUGGAAUAUAUUAAUUAAGAUACAAGAUUAUUUUACAAAAGUGAAAGAAAAAACACAACAACAUGACAGUGCCGCUUGAAAUAGAAACUUUCAGUCCGUUACAAAGCCAUCAUCUUACAAAAUGUUGUUGAUAAAGAAUUGGUGAACUAUUUUGGGUCUAGUUGAAAAACGCUCGUAGUCAGGACUGGGGUGAUAUAUAAAGGGAGAGAUAAGGACUAGAAUUCAGCUAUAGUGAGCAGUCUGUUAGCUGCCAUUAACCUAAGGUUAAAAUGCAAAUUAAUGGCGUAACAUAUCUGUUUCAGUGAUUAUGGUAGUUUGUUUGGUUUUAAUGAUAUGAGGGAUCUACAACGAUUUGCUACAUACUGUCAGCACAUUUAUGCUGUUAAUAUUAUUGGAUGUUAAAUAUAUUUACCGCUGAAAACUGUAUGUGUCUGGAGUUUAUUUUGUGUAGUUAACCAGGGUGUAUUUCUAUCGUAGGGAUAAACUCCCUAAGCUGGCCAUAAUAGCCCCCGUUCCUCCACCAUAGUUUGUUAGACACCAUCUCCACACUUUUUGGGUUAAAUGUUGUAUUAUUUAUUUCAUCUUAAUAUUGUGUUUACACUUUGCCAGACUUGGAGUUUAUUUUAUCACUAGCCCGUUAGUAAAUAGCUAACCAUUUAACCCAGUAUUGAAAGUGCUGGUUUCAUUCAAAUUAAGCUGAGUUUCAUCCCAGACCAGGAGACAAUGGGGGGUUUUGUGAAUAAAUCCCACUAGUUUUAUUUUUCUAUUAAACAACAUAUGUGGGGAUGCUCCUGUUAAAAUACAGAGCUGUGAUGGUUUUGUACUGAUAAAAUUGCCAUGAGUUUCUGAAAUAAUAAAGUAUAAAUAAAAAGGUAACAGAUGUAAUGUUAGUUUAUAAAGAUUAAGAGUUGUAUAACACAUACAGGUGAAGGGAAUGAAGAUAAGUGGAAACAGAAGAGGAGGGAAAGAAGCGGGUACCAUGAACUCAGAAAUGACUACUUGGCAGUUGGCAGUGGACAGAACAAACAGAGUCUUUCUAAACUUUCUAUAGCUGGAGACCAGACACCGAUACAUUUAGUAAGAGACUAUCAGCAGUAUUAUAAGGGCUUAUUGAAUAAGCCCAGCCAAGGGUCCUGGUAGAGACAUCAUGAAAGAAGGUUCAAACUUGUUUUUGCUUAUCCACUGGGCUAGAGAUCAGGGCGAUAAAGUGAAAUAUUUUGCAGAUUCUAAGUACCCGCUCAUUAGCGUUUACUAGUGUUUUCCUGUAUUAACUGUAAAAUCUGGUUGGGAUCGUCACUGUUGAAUCUUUUUGAUUUAAAUGUUUUAGUAAAGAGACAAUGGGACUAUAAUUGGACAAUAUGAGUUUGGACUUCCAAUCCUUUUCACAUCUCAUCAUGUAUGCAAUAUCAUUUUAUUUUUACUAUGGGUGUAUUGUAAAAUUGAC